AUGGCGUCGAAAGCUGAAUACAAUAAUGGGGAGAAAUCUCAAACCCCAAUUGCCAUCUGCGGUGUUGGUAUUCGGCUCCCUGGAGGCAUUCAUAAUGCUGGUCAAUUGUGGGAGCCCAUUGCCAACAGUCGUGACUCUCAGAGUCCGCUGCGACUGGGUGGCGCUGAUCAAAAAGAGGUGGAUAUUGUUGAUGCCUCGUUUUUCUCCAUGACCGAUGAAGAGGCCAAGGGCUGUGGUCCACAGCAAGUGAAGCUUCUGGAAGUUAUUCGCGAGUGCCUUGAGGAUGCAUGCGAGGUCAACUACCGGAGCGAAGAUGCUUGUGUUGGCUGCUACAUCGGCAUGUCUGGAGAGGACGAUGUAUCAAUGGUAUUGUCGAAAAAUGAUAUGAAGGGACCAAACGUUGUGGUUACGUCGACACCAUCAUCAUCUCUUGUGGCUUUACACAAGGCUUACUGCGCUGUGCGAUCUGGAGAUGCUAGAUCUGCAGUAGUCGCAGGCUCCAACUUGAUGCUGGGUUCCGAGAAUGAAGCAGAAAUGGGUGAGGCAGUGUCAGCUGUAUAUAUCAAGACGUUGCCUGAUGUCAUCCGUGAUGGUAACCCAAUUCGUGCUGUCAUUCGAGAGUCCAGUGUAGAAAGCAUUACGCGUGGCCAAAGCUCUGGAUCCGAUGCACCUGACGAGGGUGCAUCCAGUCUUGCAACCUUGAUCAAGAGCGUGGUAAUUCUGGAGAACCGGAAUAUUCCUCCAAAUGUUUCUUCUGAGAGAAUCAGCAUCAAUGCUUCUCACGCUGAGGGAUACAGCGCUCAAUUCGUUAUCGACUCCUACUUUCAACCUCCUUCGCCUAGAUCUGAGACUCGACAGGAACUUGUUCUUUUUUCUGCACAUAGCGCGUCGUCUUUGGCCAAGCAAAUCGAGGAGCACCGUUUGUAUGCUCAGGCUCACCCAACUGAUGCAGCGGACAUUGCUUACACUCGUGCCCUGCGGCGCGAGGCUCUGGAAUACAAGGCCUUUACCAUUCUCUCAGAUUCAUCUUUCAUCAAUACCUCAGCCUCUGUCAAGUCUUCUGCUCAGACCCCCACUAUCACCAUGAUUUUCAACGGUCAGGGUGCCCAAUGGGCGGGGAUGGGUAAGGAGCUCAUCCAAGCUGACCCAGAGGUCCGAGAGGAUAUUGAGAAGAUGGAUGCCGUUUUGAAGAAACUGAAGGUACCAUCUACCUGGUCGAUUAAAGAUGAGCUCCUUCGUGAUGCUGCCGAUCCAGAGAACCAGAUCAACUCGUCGCAACUCUCCUACCCUCUGAGCACCGCGCUACAAAUCGCAAUAGUUAACCGCUUCGAACGCCUCGGUGUUACGCCUAAGGUAGUCGUUGGUCACUCUAGUGGUGAAAUCGCUGCGGCUUAUGCUGCGGGCUUCCUUUCUUUGGAAGAUGCUAUCACAAUUGCUUACUACUAUGGCUAUGUCACUACUAAGAACCAGAAGGAUGGUGGCAUGGGUGUGGUCAGCUUGAGCGUGGAAGAAAUCAAGGAGUUUCUGGAACAGAGUGUGGUGAUUGCUUGCGAAAACUCUCCUUCAAGUACCACUAUUUCUGGUGAUCGUGAAGCAGUUGAGCGAGUAUUGAAAUCGGCCAAGGCAGCUAAGACUGAUGUGACUGCUCGCGUUUUGCGCAUUGAUGCUGCCUACCAUUCUCCUCAUAUGGAUUCGCUUGCAGACGAUCUGCUUGGCCUUUUGAAGGCUGAAAACAUCGCUUCAUCGGAGCCUAAGAGGAACAAGGCUAUCUUUGUGUCUAGUGUCAGUGAGAAGGUCCUUGAAGAGCAGGGUGAUUUUGGUGCCGCGUACUGGAUCUCCAACUUGGUGUCCCGAGUUCGAUUCAGCACUGCUAUCUCCACCGUCUUCAACUUAUGCGCUGAAGAGCCUCUCUUUUUGGAAAUUGGCCCACACUCUGCCUUAUCUAUUCCUCUGUCACAGAUUUGUGCGGCAACAAAUGUCCCAUUCAACUAUGUUUCGUCCCAAACACGCGGCGCAGAUGGUGUAGUGAGCUUCCUUUCUGCUGUUGGACGGCUAUGGCAAGAGUCAGCUGUUCUAGAGCUGACUCCAUUAUUCGCCCAUGGUAAGGCAAUUUCCGGAUUGCCUCCGUAUCAUUGGAGCCACGAUAGUCCUGACGAGGGCUCCGACGACGCCAAUCUAUCUGCUCGUGAGAAACGGUCGCGCGUUAUUGAAGACUCUAGUUAUUUGGAGACUGAGCUUGCGGAUGAUGAAAUCCCUACGACUGAGCUGGAAAUCGUCCUUCGAGCCAUCUGGGUUGAUAUCCUCCAAAACGUCAUUCAGAUACGCAGACAAGAUAUCGGCAAGAAACAUAGCUUCUUCCAGCUUGGUGGCGACUCCUUGACAACUAUUGAGCUUGUUACCGCUGCUUACCAGUAUGGUAUUCGUUUGAGCCCGGCUGCUAUUUCUGAUAAUACCCAGCUUGCUCAAAUGGCAGCUGUGGCAACAAUUGAGGAAGAUCGCGCAAUGACGGCAGAAGCAGAGCCAUUUAGCUUAAUUACUGAAAAGAAUGUUGAUGAUGCCAAGGAUCAGAUUCGGAAAGAGUGCAAGCUCACGACAACUGAGGUAAUUGAGGAUGUCUAUCCGUGUACAACUCUCCAAGAAGGCUUCAUGGCUUUAGGUAUGAAGCAGCCAGGUUCUUAUAUUCACAGAGUUGUGUAUAAGUUGAUGCCUGAUGUCGACGUUGAUCGAUUUAUGGCUUCUUGGGAGGCUACCAUUAAGCAAUGUGGCAGCUUGCGUUCACGAGUGGUUAUUCUCGGUGGUCGAACUUUCCAAGCUGUGAUGACUGAGGAUACUGCUUGGGAACAUCUCCCAUCUGGUUUGGAUAUCCACACUUUCCUCAACCAAACGCGAGAUAUUGGUAUGAGCUAUGGUGAGCGUUUGAGUAGGCAUGCUCUGGUUCGAGAUAGCAAUGGUAGUGUCUAUUUCGUGUGGCUGAUUCACCACGCGGUAUUUGACGGUCUUACUAUGCGAAUCGUUCUUGAUGCUCUCUAUCACGCUUACCAUGGCAAUGACACCAAGGCUCUGCAGCCGUAUUCCAGCUUCAUUCGUUAUGUUGAAUCGCUUGAUUUUGCUGCCUCUGGCGAAUACUGGCAAAAGGAGCUGGAUGGUGCUCAGCGGGCUCAUUUCCCUCUUGCCAGACUUUCUGCUACUUCCGAAGACAAAGUAAUGAAGAAGACGAUACCUUUCCGCAACACGAUGAACUCUUCUAUAACCACCGCUACAAUUCUUCGUGCGGCAUGGGCUCUUCUCCUCGCCCGCUAUUGUGACUCUGAUGAUGUGUGCUUUGGUACCACAUUAUCAGGGCGUCAGGCAGCGGUUCCUGGAUUGAAUGAGAUUCCUGGACCCAUGAUUGCCACUGUUCCGAUUCGCAUCAGAAUUGACCGCGACAUGAGUACAGCCUCUUUUCUUGAGAAAGUUCAGGCUCAAGCUGCAGAAAUGGUUGCUCAUGAACAGUAUGGUCUUCAGAAUAUCUCAAAACUAGGCCAAGAUGCCCAGGAAGCUUGCGACUUCUCCAACCUGAUCGUCAUUCAGCCAAAUAACCAUCUUACAUCUAUUGUCUAUACUGCCUCUGAUGCUAUUCUGCAACAAGGACCUGUUGAAAAAGCUCUCUCAGAAGAAGCUAUGCGCAAUUACUUCAACUAUCCCCUCGUUUUGCAGCCUCGUAUUGGUGAGGAUAGCAUUGAGCUGGAUUGGACCUAUUACGCGGAUGCAAUCACUGAGGGUCAGCUUGAGGCCCUAUGCUUCCACUAUGAGCACAUUAUCCAGCAACUGCUUGCAGCCACUGAUAUGCUUCUAAGUGAUCUAUCGGUUUCUGGCUCGUGGGAUUUAGAGCAGUCUCUUAAGGCCAAUAGUGAGGAUACUAUGAUUGUCGACUUGUGUCUUCAUGACCUCAUUGAGAGACAAGCAGAAAAUCGCCCAAACGCCACCGCUAUUCAAGCCUGGGACUUAGAGCUAACGUACCUACAACUUAAUAGUGCUGCCAACCGCCUCGCACAUUAUCUUGUUAAAUAUUGUGGGGUCAAGGAUCAGGAUCUUGUACACGUCUGCUUUGAGAAAUCGGCCUGGUUUUUUGUGUCUAUUAUUGCUGUCAAUAAAGCAGGGGCUACAUGGGUUCCUCUUGAUCCCUCGCACCCACUUCAGAGGCAGCAACAGGUUGUCUCGCAGACGAAGGCGACUCUGGCCUUGGCUUCUGCCAACAAUGUGGAUAUGUGUUCCAAGUUGGUUGCUAACGUCGUCGAGGUGUCACAUGUUUUGGAUGAGAGACUGGCUAUGACAGAGGCGAGCUCAUAUGGACCGAUCAGUAAUGUGUCUCCACGCAAUGCAGCCUAUGUUCUGUUUACUUCUGGAAGUACCGGAACGCCAAAGGGUCUGGUCAUGCAGCAUAGAGCUGUCUGCACUUCACAGACUGCCAUCGCUAAGCGUCUUGGGAUGACAUCUAACGUUAGAAUGCUUCAGUUCGCUUCUUUCGUAUUUGAUCUCUCUAUUGGCGAGAUUGUGGGUCCCUGGGUUGUGGGCGGCUGCCUCUGUGUUCCAUCUGAGGAAACAAGGAUGAAUACAGGUAGCUUGGUUGACUUCAUUAACACGAUGAAAAUCACCUGGGCAUAUCUGACUCCUUCCUUUACACGGACCUUAAAUCCUAAUGACAUUCCUGGUUUGGAACUGCUCUUGUUUGCUGGUGAAGCUGUUGGACGAGACGUGUUUGAAGCUUGGUUUGGAAAGGUGCGGCUAAUCAAUGGUUGGGGUCCUGCUGAGACUUGUGUGUUCUCAACUCUCCAUGAGUGGAAGAGUCUCGACGAAUCUUCAUUAACAGUUGGUCGACCAGUCGGUGGUCACUGCUGGAUUGUUGAUCCGCAGGACCCGCAACGAUUGGCUCCUAUCGGAACUCUUGGUGAAGUUGUUAUUCAGGGACCGACUAUCCUUCGAGAGUAUCUGGCUGAUUCGGCCAAAACCGAGGCCUCAAUCAUCCGGAAUCUCCCUGAGUGGGUACCAAAUCGUAUCACCAGUCACUGGGAUCGAUUUUACAAGUCUGGCGAUUUGUGUCGAUAUAACGCGGACGGUACUAUCGAAUUUGGGUCUCGCAAGGAUAACCAGGUGAAAAUCCGAGGCCUCCGUGUUGAGCUUGGAGAGAUCGAGCAUCACUUCCGUGAGUCCUUGGAGGGCGUUAAGCAGGUGGCCGUUGAUGUGGUAAACAGAGAUGGUGGCGCAAUUAUUGUGUCCUAUUUCUGUUUCACAGAUGAAACUCGCACUGCUGGCAAGAACUCCGAGACGAACGUGAAGGAUGUAUUGGCCCCCAUGACUUCUGAGCUUCAAAGCCAAUUUACUGCCUUAGUUGGUCAGCUCAGCGUGACGCUUCCUCGCUACAUGAUACCGACACUGUUUAUCCCUUGCCAGUAUAUGCCUUUUAUUACCUCAACGAAGUUGGAUAUGAAGCUCUUGCGACUUGCGUUUUCCAAGCUUAGCAAGGAAGACGUCUCAAGAUACUCUCUUGUGGAUAGUAAAAAGCGCAAGCCGGAAACCGAAAUGGAGACGCGUAUCCAAGCGAUCUGGGCCGACCUGCUGAAACUAUCGACCGACUCCAUUGGUCGAGACGAUAACUUUUUGAGGAUGGGUGGUGACUCUAUCGCUGCUAUAUAUUUCGUUUCCGCUGCUCGCGACGCCGGAAUAUCCAUCGCUGUCAAAGACGUUUUUGAUGACCCUCGUCUUUUCCAGGUAGCUUCCAAGGCUACUAUUCUUGCCAACAAGGGCAAAUCUUCUCAUGUCGAGCCUUUCAGCCUCCUCACGGAAAAUCUGAGCAAACUUAUGCAAAGUAAUGCUAUUCGAACCAAGUAUGGCCUUGGGAAAGACCAAAUCAUUGAGGACGCUUAUCCUUGUACGCCUCUUCAAGAAGGACUUAUGGCCCUCACUGCAAAACAACCGGGCUCUUACAUAUCGCAGUGGUACCACCGAGUCCCCAAGCACAUCGAUAUUGCUAAAUUCAAGGCUGCUUGGAAAACAGCUGUGGAGCGCAACGCCACACUAAGAACCAGAGUUAUGCUUGAAGACGGCUGCGCAGUUCAGGCUGUCAUCACAAACGAUGACGACUGGGAGAACACCACUGGUCAUAACCUUGAGUCCUACAAACGCUUGAUUCCCCAAUUUCAUAUAGGAUAUGGAACUCGCUUAACCCGAUUUGCUAUUGUAGAGGACAAGCAUGAUGUCUACUUUGUCUGGGUCAUUCACCAUGCUAUUAAUGAUGGUUGGAGCAUGCGCAUCGUCUUGGACAGCAUUUACAACACGUACUACGGCCGAGAUGUUUCCUCUAUAUCCCCUUAUUCUAACUUCAUCAACUAUGUUAGCAAGAUGGAUAGCGAGGCAGCCGCCAGCUUCUGGCGAUCGAACCUUUCUGGUGCUCAACGACCUAGCUACCCUGCCGCUGGAAAACGCCUUGCUGCCGAUAAGACUGGGGGCGCGGUUCGUGUUGUUGACCGUCUGGUAUCCUUUUCUGAUCAAAAAGAUGCUUCAAUCACCAUGGCUACUAUUAUUCGAGCUGCCUGGGCAAUCGUACUCGGUCGUCAUUCCGAUGCUCGUGAUGUAUGCUAUGGCGCCACUGUUUCUGGUCGCCAGGCUGCAAUGGAUGGUCUUCUGUCAACUCCUGGUGCAGUUAUUGCCACUAUUCCAAUUCGAGUUCGCUUGGAGGCUGCAAAGCCUGUGAGUCAACUGCUACAAGAUCUCCAAGCCCACGCGCUGGAUAUGGUUCCAUAUGAACAGUAUGGUUUGCACAAUAUCUCUAAGCUCAGCCCUGAAGCUCGAGAGGCUUGUGACUUUACAUCUCUACUGGUUAUUCAGCCCAAGGAGCAAGAAAGUACCAUAUUCAAUAGCAAAGAUGGUCUGCUGCAGGCAGAGGUCGAAGAAGAUCAUCUGAUGAUUGAGUCCAUGAACAACUACUUCAACUACCCAAUGGUUAUGCUCAGCUACAUGGCUGAGGAGAAUGUGAAUCAGAGAUUUUUGUAUAACCCAGAAGUCUUGUCUGAAGCUGAAGUUGAAGCCGUUUCUUAUCAGUUUGAACAUGUGGUACAGCAGCUUUUGAAUCCUGGAAACAAACUCAUCGGUGAUGUCUCUGUUGCCGGUCCUUGGGACCUUGAGCAGAGCCUAAAAGCAAAUGACGACAUUCCUGACAUUAUCGAUUCUUGCCUUCACGAAUUGGUCGACAAACAGGCUAUUGAACGGCCAAAUUCCCUUGCUGUUGUAGGCUGGGACCGAAGCUUUACCUAUAUCGAACUGGUUGAAGCGGUCAAUCAAUUGUCGAACUACCUCGCCACGAAUUUUACCUUUAAAGCUGAUGAGUUGAUACCUGUUUGCUUUGAAAAAUCGUCCUGGUAUAUCGUCUCGAUCCUCGCAAUCAACAAAAUCGGGGCCGGUUGGGUUCCCCUCGAUCCAUCUCAUCCCGAGCAACGCUUGCGCCAGAUUGUUAGUCAGACUCGAGCAAAAAUUAUACUCUGUUCCCCAUCUAACGCCCAUCUUUGCAACGCAUUUGGCCUGUCUGUUAUUGAGAUUAGCCCUUUCUUCUAUCAGAAGCUUACUGAGAGCGAUGUGACCGGCACCACGGGGCCUGCCAUUAAAGUGACGCCUCGAAAUAUUUGCUACGUCCUAUUUACGUCGGGUUCUACAGGUACCCCUAAGGGAUUUGUGAUGGAGCAUGGGGCAGUAUGCACAUCGCAGACUGCUAUCAGUCGGAGGCUUGGAAUGACUGCCGAUGUUCGCAUGCUACAAUUUGCAGCUUUCGUUUUUGACCUUUCUGUUGGUGAAAUCGUGGCGACAUUGAUCUCGGGUGGCUCCGUAUACAUUCCGGACGAAAACACACGAUUGAAUGACAUAUCAAACUUCAUCCAGAAUAACAAAAUAAACUCAACAAUCCUUACGCCAUCGUUCGCUCGUACUCUGAAGCCAGAAGACGUCCCUUCCUUAGAGCUCAUGGUUUUGGCAGGCGAGGCUGUCGGUCGCGAUGUCUGUGACAGCUGGUUUGGAAAGCUUAGAUUCAUCUGUGGCUGGGGUCCUGCAGAGACCUGCGUUUUAUCGUCGCUUCAUGAGUGGCAGUCCAUUGACGAGAGUCCUCGUACUAUUGGUCGGCCUGUUGGCUGUUUUUGCUGGGUUGUAGACCCAGAAAAUCCGCAGAGAUUGGCGCCUACGGGUACCGUCGGCGAGAUCUUUAUUCAAGGGCCGACUCUGUUGCGUGAAUACCUUGCAGACACUGGGAAGACCAGAUCAUCGAUGGUAUAUGAUCUGCCGGCUUGGGUUCCACGUCGUGAGUCCCAGCACUGGAGUAGAUUCUACAAGUCCGGCGAUUUGGGCUAUUACAAUCCAGACGGUACACUCGAAUUUUCAACCCGCAAAGAUACACAGAUCAAGAUUCGCGGCCUCCGUGUUGAAUUAGGCGAAAUUGAAUACUAUCUGCAGCAAGCUAUUGAUGAAAUUCGUCAAGUCGCAGUCGACGUACUUAGCGGUGACAAUGGCUCUAAUCUCGUUGCUUACUUCUGCUUUAACGAGGACACCAAGACAGCUGAUGCUCGUGUUCAAGCUGAUGACAAGGGUCCGUUCAUGUCGAUUAAUGAAGACCUUCAGACUCGCCUCAUUGCCGCAUCUGGCGAACUGAAAGUUGUUCUCCCGUCUUACAUGGUCCCAGCCUUUUUCAUUCCUUGCAGCUAUAUGCCAUCUAGCACAUCCGCCAAGCUUGACCGCAAGGCGCUGAAGAGAUAUGCCGAUCUAUUAUCCGUUGAUGAAUUAUCGGAAUACUCACUCAAUAGUGGCAAAAAGAGGGCACCCGAGACUCCGAUGGAAAGCCAGUUGCAACAAAUUUGGGCUGAAAUUCUCAAUAUUUCUAUGGAAUCAAUUGGACGCGACGAUAGCUUCCUUAGCCUCGGCGGUGAUUCCGUUACUGCUAUCCAUUUAGUCAAUGCUAUGCGACAAGAGGGUAUACUGUUGACUGUGAAGGACAUCUUUGAUGACCCCCGCUUGCUGUCUGUAGUUAGUAAGGUUACAGAGAUGAACGAAAAGGCCGAGAUUCAGGAGAUUGAACAAUUCAGCCUUUUAGAUGAAGACAUACAAGACCUUGUUCUCUCCGACGGCCUUCGAAAAGAGCUCAACCUUUCUGAAAUGCAGGAAAUUGAAGACGCUUAUCCUUGCAGCAAACUUCAAGAAGGUCUCAUGGCUUUGUCUGUGAAGCAGCCUGGAUCGUACGUCGCCAAGUACACUUAUCGUCUUCCGGAUCAUGUCGAUCUCCAAGAGUUCAAGCAAGCGUGGGAAUUCACUUCAUCUACUAUCGAGGCUCUCCGCACUCGUUUUGUGAUGAUUAAUGGCUCUUGCAUCCAAGUUGUUAUCAACGAAGAGCUCCCCUGGGAGACUACCAAGGUCGAUGACGUUGGCACGGCUAUAGUAUCCGCUCAGUCGCUCCGAAUGACGUAUGGUACGCCUCUGUCUCGUUAUACGAUGCUUAAAGACCAAAAUGGGACCAAUUAUUUCAUGUGGGCUAUACAUCAUUCGGUUCACGACGGUUGGUCGUUGAGGAUUAUUCUGGAGACCUUACGGCGAGAGUAUGAGGGUAGAAGUUCGCCGGUUAUCACGCCGUACAAUGGCUUCAUUAAUUAUACUCUAAACUUGGACGCUGAUGCGGCCGCUGAUUACUGGCGAGGCCAGCUUGAGAACGCAAAACGGGCCAGCUUCCCAGCUGCUGGUGUUACUUCCGGCGAGUCGAAGCAUAAAACACGCAUGAUGACAAAUUCCAUUCCUUUUCCCACAUCUACAAACCCGGCCAUCACUAAAGCGACGGUUUUCCGGGCAGCUUGGGCACUUAUUCUUGCCCGCUAUUGUGAUACCGACGACGUGACCUUCGGUUCUACUAUUUCUGGGAGGCAGGCCGCUGUUCCAGGUCUGACCGAAAUGGCUGGUCCAGCUGUUGCUACAGUUCCAGUCCGUGUCCGUCUCAAUUACGAACAGCGUGUGUCCAAAUUUCUUCAGGAUGUUCAAAGCCAAGCCUCUGAGAUGAUUCCUUUUGAACAGUAUGGCUUGCAGAAUAUCUCAAGAUUAGGAGCUGAUGCUAAAGAUGCUUGCGAUUUCACCUCCUUAAUGCUGGUCCAGCCAAUGCAGCAUCUGACUGGGGAGGAUAUCGACACCAUUUUAGAGCCUGUCUUUGAGCAAGAUGAUCAAGAAGAUCAGGUGCAGAAUUAUUUCUCCUACCCUCUUGUCUUACAGGGGCAUGUCUACGACGACAAGGUCAAGCUUGUCUUGAUCUACGAUUCAUUCGUUCUUCCUGAAUCACAACUCUUGGCAUUGUCUCAUCAGUUUAACGGUGUUGUGCAACAGCUUUUAAGCGCUGACGAUUUCAAGCUGGGUGAUAUAUCUCUGGCUAGCUCUUGGGACCUUGAUCUCGCUGAGGCUUCCAACGGCGAUGGUCCUGAUAUCGUUGAUGACUGUGCUCAUCUCAUGAUCGAGCGACAGACUGAACUGACUCCUCAAGCCCACGCUGUUCACGCCUGGGAUGGUACUCUCACUUAUAGUGAGCUUGACCGUGCUGCUAAUAGGCUUGCCAAUCUAUUAGUCGAUAGUUACGGCGUCAAAGUCGGUGAUAUCAUCCAUGUGUGUUUCGAAAAGUCUCUUUGGUACGUGGUUUCAGUGCUCGCAAUCAAUAAAGCCGGUGCCGCGUGGGUACCAAUGGAUCCGGCACAUCCAUUCCAUCGCCUCCAACAAGUCGCUAGCCAAACUGGUGCCAAGAUCGCACUCACGUCUUCUAUUCACAGACCUCUAUGCUCCAAGCUGCUAGACAUUGUUAUUGAAGUGUCUUCGGCCUUGGAUGAACAACUAAAUAGUGAUCAAGAUAUCAGCGAUAUCAAGCCUGCUGUUGCAGUUGCUUCUAGCGAUGUCGCCUAUUUGCUCUUUACAUCUGGCAGUACCGGCGUACCUAAAGGUAUCAUUAUGGAACACGGUUCCCUUUGUACUAGCCAGCGUGACAUUGCAAAGAGGCUCGGUCUUAAAAAGAGUGUCAGGAUGCUUCAAUUCUCGUCCUUCGUUUUUGACGUUUCUGUGGGAGAAAUUAUGCUUUCUCUUAUGCAUGGUGGAUGUGUUUGCAUUCCAUCCGACCAUGAUCGUCUAAAUAACCUAGCCAAGUUCAUAAGGGAUACUGAAGUUUCUUGGGCAUUCUUAACGCCAUCCUUUGCUCGUACACUCCGCCCUACCGAGGUCCCCAGUCUUGAACUCAUUGUCCUUGCUGGAGAGCCCGUUAGUCAGGAUGUAUUCGACCUCUGGUUUGGCAAAACGAGGCUUGUCAACGGCUGGGGCCCAGCUGAAACUUGCGUGCUAAGCGCUAUUCACGAAUGGAAAUCUGCUGAUGAAUCACCGUUGACAAUUGGGCGCUCUGUUGGUAGCUUUGCCUGGAUUGUUGACGCAGAGAAUCCUCGACGCCUAGCCCCGGUUGGAUGUAUCGGAGAAAUCGUCAUGCAAGGACCUACGCUUCUUCGUGAAUACCUGGCUGAUUCAGCCAAGACUCUUUCAUCAACGUUGACCUCGUUACCUAACUGGGCACCUCGCGCAAAUGAUAGGAACUGGGGUCGUUUCUAUAAAACUGGGGAUUUAGGUAUCUAUAACCCCGAUGGAACCAUCCAUUAUUCUGGUCGCAAGGAUACCCAAGUCAAGAUUCGCGGCCUCCGAGUCGAACUUGGAGAAAUUGAGCAUCAUAUUCGUAACUCGCUUGACACAAUUCAGCAGAUUGCUGUUGACGUGCUCCGAUCAGAGACCGGAGCCAAUCUUGUUUCUUACAUCUGCUUUAGCAAUGAGACGAAAACACCCGGACCAGACACCGACCCUGAAGGGGCUGAUAUAUUCCUUCCCAUGACCGAAAGCAUCGAACACGAAUUGAACAUCGUCCUUAACAAACUGAAUGCUCUGCUUCCCCGCUAUAUGAUACCAACCUACUUUAUCCCUUGUGACUACAUGCCUCUUAUCUCAUCUGGGAAAUUAGACAGACUUAAGCUCCGCAAUAGCACGGCCGCGCUGAUUCAAGAAGAAUUAGAAGCUUACUCAUUGACUGAUGCCAACAAGCGCGCUCCUGACACAACCAUGGAAAUACGCUUGCAACAUCUGUGGGCUGAGAUUCUCAACAUUCCUGUUCAAACUAUUGGCAAAGAUGAUAGCUUUCUCCGUAUUGGUGGUGACUCAAUUGCCGCUAUCCGCCUGGUCUCUAUGGCUCGCGAACUCGGCAUUACUCUCACUGUGGAUGCUAUAUUUGAAGACCCACGAUUGUCUUCUAUAGCCUCUACGGCUGGCGCAGCCGACCAGGGUGAAGACGAUUUGGGUCCUAUCCCUGCCUUUUCCCUCCUCGACGACGGUAUUCGGGACGUGAUUCAAUCCCCUAGCGUCUAUGAAAAGUAUGGUCUUAAUAAAACCCAGGCAAUUGAGGAUGCGUAUCCUACGACAAAGCUGCAAGAAGGGUUCAUGGCUUUAUCUGCCAAGCAGCCUGGCUCGUAUAUCGCAAAAUUCCUGUAUCGCCUCCCCAAUCAUGUUGACAUCUCCCGUUUCAAAGAAGCCUGGAGGCGCACGGUGGAUGCCUGCACGAAUCUUCGCACUCGAAUAAUCCUUACUGAGGGCACCAACACGCAGAUAAUCAUUCAUGAUGACUUCGAGUGGGAUUCCCUUGAAUCUCAAGACCUCCACUCGUAUCUCCAGCUGCACCAGGGAAUAGCAAUGAGCUACGGUUCUCGGCUCUGCCGUUAUGCUCUUGCAGCGCACACAGAUGGCAACAUGUAUUUCAUGUGGAGCAUUCAUCAUGCUGUUUUUGACGGCUUGUCAACCCAAAAAGUCUUGAGGAUCCUUGAGAAGGCCUAUGAGGGUAUCGAAUCACUUGAGGUACCGACAUACGCCCGUUUCAUCAAGUAUACGCUGGGCCUUGAUACAGACGCCGCCGCGUCAUAUUGGAGAGAGCAAUUGCAGGGUUCUCGCAAAGCCACUUUCCCGGCCUCCAAUGGAGUCUUUAAUAAGACUAGCAUUACUCGAACUUUUGAAAGAUCGAUUAAGCUUCCUCCUGUGACUUCGUCUGGAAUCACUAUCGCUACUAUUGUGCGAUCUGCUUGGGCCAUAGUCAUCGCUAGGUACAGUGAUACUGACGAUGUCACUUUUGGUACAUCUAUCUCUGGUCGUCAGGCCCCAGUACCUGAACUGAUGGAUAUGGUUGGUCCGGCUGUUACGACUGUCCCUAUAAGGAUUCGGGUAGACCGAACACAGCCAGCGUCUGGUUUCCUCCAAGAUGUUCAAAAGCAAGCAUUAGAAAUGGUUCCUUUCGAGCAAUUCGGUCUGCAAAAUAUCGCCAGAGUCUGCGAAGACGCUAUAGACGUGUGUGACUUUACAUCAUUAUUGGUAAUCCAACCAAUGCAGCACAUUUCAGACUCUAACAGCAGCAGAUCUAUCCUAGUACGCGCAGAUGGAGAACUUCAGGAGAAGGCGGAGUCCAUACAAAACUACUUCUCCUACCCGCUGAUUGCUCAAGCUCAUCUAUAUGAAAAUCACAUUAAUCUCGUUUCCAUAUACGACUCAAAUAUCCUCGCUGAGAGACAGCUUGAGACCCUUUCUCAACAGUUCGGCCAUGUUAUAUGUCAGCUUGCAGCUGCCACUAGCGAGAAUACUCUGGAGUCAAUAUCUAUUUCUUCUUCUUGGGAUUUGGAUCGGUCUAUUGCCCUUAAUAGAGAAAUUCCUGCAAUCGUUAAUGCGUGCGUGCAUGAGCUUUUUGAACGCCAGGUUGAGCGUCGGCCCGAUGCUGUCGCCAUUUCUGCGUGGGAUGCUGAGUUUACAUAUAACCAGCUCAACUGUGCUGCAAACCGACUAGCCCAUUAUAUCAUUACAUCUUAUGGAAUUAAGCCAGAUGAUAUUAUUCACGUGUGCUUUGAGAAGUCAAUUUGGCAUUUUGUUGCUAUUCUAGCCAUCAACAAGGCAGGAGCAGCAUGGGCACCCCUUGAUCCAUCCCAUCCAGAACAACGCCUCCGUCAGAUAGUUGAUCAAACCAGAGCCAACCUAAUUCUGACUUCUCCAAGCAACUCUGAUCUUUGCUCAGCUUUAGUUGAGAACGUGCUUUUAGUUACGCCAAACUUGGACCGGGAGCUGGCCAAGACGACUGAUUCCGAAGCUCCGAAUGUUGUUGUAAAGCCCGACAACGCUGCAUAUAUUUUGUUCACGUCUGGCUCAACUGGCACGCCUAAAGGCUUUGUUAUGGACCACAGGUCGGUCUGUACUUCACAAGUCGCUAUAACUAAAAGAUUAGGCCAUACAUCUAAUGUCCGAAUGCUCCAAUUUGCUUCAUAUGUGUUCGACAUGUCAAUUGGCGAAAUUAUUUCCACCUUGAUUAGCGGCGGUUGCAUUUUUGUGCCAUCCGAAGAUGUUCGAAUGAACAAUAUCACGCAAUAUAUGCGGAAUAAUCAAAUUAAUUGGGCGUUCCUUACACCUUCAUUUCUCCGCACCCUGUCGCCUAAGGACAUUCCGGAUUUAGAAGUACUUCUCCUUGCCGGUGAAGCUGUUCCUAGAGAAAUCUUGAAUACUUGGUUUGGUAAAGUACGCCUUAUCAAUGGAUGGGGACCAGCUGAGACCUGUGUUUUCAGUACCUUGCAUGAAUGGAAGUCAGUAGACGAGAGUCCCUUGACUAUAGGCAGACCCGUUGGUGGAUUCUGCUGGAUUGUGGACCCCGAAGACCCUCAUAAGCUAGCACCUGUCGGCACAUUAGGCGAAGUUGUUAUCCAAGGUCCGACUCUGCUUCGCGAAUAUUUGGCCGAUCCAGAACGUACUGCAGCUUCUUGUAUCAAGGCGCCUAAGUGGGCACCUCAGCCCGACUCUCAACAUUGGGGUCGCUUCUACAAAUCUGGUGAUCUAUGCUCGUAUAAUGCUGAUGGAACCUUCGAGUUUUCUUCUAGAAAGGAUACCCAAAUCAAGAUUCGAGGCCUUCGUGUCGAGCUGGGCGAAGUGGAAUACCACAUCCAGGCCACAUUACAAGACGUUCGCCAGAUUGCCGUCGACGUGUAUAAUGACGAGCGUGGUACGAAUCUCGUGGCUUAUAUCUGUUUCACUGAUGAGAUUCGUGUUGCUAGUGUCAAUCGUGACGCUAGCAGCCCAUUCUUCUCAAUUGAUCAAAAGCUUCAGAAUCGACUGAACGCUCUGGUCGGUGAACUUGGGGUGGCACUACCACGAUAUAUGAUUCCAACUCUUUACAUCCCCUGCAGCUUCAUGCCGUCAAUUACUUCCACUAAAUUAGACCGUAAUGAAUUACGCCGCCAAACACUCCUCCUUACGCGUGAACAACUGUCAGAAUACCUUCUGCAGAGUGGAAGUAAGAGAGCUCCAGAAACUGAUAUAGAACGCAAGCUUCAGCAGAUCUGGUCUACUGCCCUUGGUAUCUCGCCGGAUUCAAUUGGUCGUGACGACAGUUUCCUCGGCCUUGGCGGCGACUCGAUAAAGGUAAUUCAGCUUGUUAGCGCUUGUCGAGAUAAAGGCAUUUCUGUAUCAGUCAAGGAUAUCUUCAACGACCCUCGGCUUAUUUCAGUAGCAAAAAUUGCCAGUUUACUAAGUUCUGUUAACGAUGUCACCAUUGAGCCAUUCAGCUUAAUAGACGACGAGCAGAGGCGCUUUUCUAUUGCUGAGAGCGCGAGAGACGAAUGUAACCUAGGACCUGAAGCGCUUAUUGAAGAUGCUUAUCCUUGUACAAAGUUCCAGGAAGGUCUCAUGGCUUUGUCUGUCAAAUCCCCCGGCUCUCAUGUCGCCAAGCAUGUUUAUCGACUGGCUGAUAAUACCGAUAUCGAGAAGUUUAAAUCUAGUUGGACUCAAACUAUCUCUCUCUGCCCUACGCUACGGACACGGAUUGUGCUCUUGGAUGACCAGUGCAUUCAGGUAGUAAUCAAGGAAGAUACGAAGCUCGAGAUGUCUGCCACUUCCGAAUUCGAUGUUGCCAUGGUCGAAGCUAGCAACGUGCAAAUGACAUAUGGUUGCUCCUUGUCUCGGUAUACAAUAUUCCAAGGAGCAGACGGUAUCUACUUUAUCUGGACUGUGCAUCACGCUGUUCAUGAUGGAUGGACUAUUCGUCUUGUCCUUGAGACACUUCAGAAGUGCUAUCAGAGCUCAAACAAUAGUUCGCUGAAACCAUAUUCAGCUUUCAUCCAAUAUGCAACCGAUGUGGUUCAAGACCCUGCCACCAAGAAAUACUGGUCCCAGCAGCUAGAUGGCGCAGUACAGGCCUCAUACCCGCCUCGCCCCAGAUCCGAAACGCAACAUAAGGCAAUCACUGGCAUGAUGACAAAAUCCAUUCAAAUGCCCAGAAUUUCCCAGUCCUCAAUCACUGUGGCAACUGUUCUGCGGGCCACUUGGGCUAUGAUCCUUGCUCGUUACUCUGACACUGAUGAUGUCUGUUUUGGUACUUCAGUAUCUGGUCGUCAAGCAUCUGUUGCGAACAUCCUGGAUAUGCCCGGCCCUAUUGUUGCUACUAUUCCGGUUCGUAUAAAACUAGAUGAAGAGCAGACAGUGCUUGAAUUCCUGGAGAAUAUUCAGUCGCAAGCCACAGAGAUGAUUCCAUAUGAGCAAUAUGGUCUACAAAAUAUCGCAAAGAUUUCCCCCGAUAUCAAAGAUGCCAUCGACUUCUCAUCUCUUCUAGUCAUCCAGCCAAGAUCUCACUUAGACUCAAGUAAUGGAGAUGGUGAUAAUGACAAGAUUCUUAUCCCGACCAUACAGAGCGAUGAAGACUCAGCAGGCCUUUUGCAAGAUUACUUCACAUACCCAUUAAUCAUCCAGGGCCACGUAUUCGGCGAUCGGAUCGACUUGAUAUUUACCUAUGAUAGCACUAUUUUGUCCAAAAAUGAUCUUGGCCGACUAGCAGGUCAAUUUGAGCAUAUAGCUCAGCAACUCUUUGAUUCCGAUCACAUCAAGCUUGGAGACCUCUCCUUGGCCGGCCCACAAGACAUCCAGCAGGCGAUUGCGUGGAACACGGAAAACCCUGAGAUUAUCGAAGACUGUAUCCAUAAGUUAAUUGAAAGAAACGCGGCUUCCACCCCGAACGCAAUUGCUAUCGACGCUUGGGAUGGAAUGUUAACGUACGCCCAGUUAGACCAGAUGGCCAAUCGUUUAGCUCACUAUCUUAUCAAGACUUUCGAUAUAAAGACUGAUGAUCUUAUUCUUUGCCUCUUCGAAAAGUCUUUACGGUAUGUCGUCACAGUUCUUGCAGUUAAUAAAGCCGGUGCUGCUUGGGUCCCACUUGAUCCUUCGCAUCCUACGCAGAGAUUGCAACAAGUGGCAAGACAGACCAAAGCAAAGCUGCUUCUUGCUUCGUCCUUGCAACUCAAUUUGGGUAAGGAGCUAUCGAACACUGUUCUCGAAGUCGGCCCGAUUUUGGACGAUGCCCUGAUCAAAACAGAGCCCAGUACUCAAGCUCCAGAUGUAGCGGUUUCUCCCCGCAAUGCCGCGUAUGUACUGUUCACUUCUGGCAGUACUGGAACACCAAAAGGACUAGUGAUGGAGCACGGAGCUGUCUGUACUAGCCAGACUGCUAUUACUGCCCGUAUUGGCCUUCACAGCGGUGUAAGACUACUGCAGUUUGGCGCCCAUGUUUUUGAUCUUUCUGUUGGUGAGAUUUGUUGCUCAUUGAUUCGCGGGGCUUGUCUUGUCAUCCCGUCAGAUGAGAUUCGCAUGAAUAGUCUUGCAAAGUUUAUACAUGAGAAGAACAUCAACUGGGCAAUUUUCACACCCUCUUUCAUCCGAACCCUCGAACCCACCGAUGUCCCACAUUUGGAAUUGGUCAUCCUCUGUGGUGAACCUUCUGAUAAGAAGAUAUUAGAGAAGUGGGUUGGCAAGGUUAGAUUGUUCAAUGGAUGGGGCCCGGCCGAAACCUGUGUAUACAGCAGUUUACAUGAGUGGAAGUCGGCGGCCGAGAGCCCUCUCACAGUUGGUAAACCUGUUGCCUCUUUCGUCUGGAUUGUUGAUCCCAAGCAUCCCCUUCGGCUUGCUCCGGUGGGCACCAUUGGAGAGGCUGUCAUACAGGGCCCUACUAUCCUGCGUGAGUAUCUCGAUGAUCCUACAAGAACGCGGGCCAGCAUCCUCGAAUCAAUUCCGAGCUGGGCUCCAACCCUUGAGCCGCAACAACGGUGGAAUCGGGUUUACUUGACAGGCGAUCAUUGUAGUUACAACCCUGAUGGGACUAUUGAGUACCAUGGACGGAAGGAUAACCAAAUUAAGAUCCGAGGGCUUCGUGUAGAACUUGGAGAAGUUGAGCAUCAAAUUCGCAAACUCUCGGAGAAUCUGGUUCACGUCGCCGUGGAUGUUCACAAAUUUGAAGCAGGCUCAAUGUUAGUUGCAUACCUUGGAUAUUCCGAAAAGAAUUUGGAUGAUCCAGAUGCGAUAUUUAUGCCUCUUACCGAUGAUCUUCAAAAAGACCUUGAUGCUAUGGCUAGCCAACUUGGCGUUUUGUUGCCCCGUUAUAUGGUACCUACUUUGUAUAUCCCAUGUUCUCAGAUGCCUUUCUUGACAUCUGGCAAACUCGACAUGGGCCGACUCCGCAGACUCACUUCUGCAUUAGACCAAAAGCAGCUACAAUCUUAUGCGUUAGAAGACACACAAAAAGAGGCUGCUGAAACCGAGAUGGAAAUUCGUCUUCGAGACAUUUGGGCCAGGAUUUUAGGUCUUCUGCCUCAGUCAAUCGGCCGCCGCGAUAGCUUUCUUCGCAUUGGUGGAGAUUCAAUUGCUGCUAUUCAACUGGUAGCAGCCGCCAGCAAAUCUGGCAUCUCGUUCUCAGUUAAAGAUGUCUUUGAUGACUCACGACUUUGGAAAUUGGCAGAACUUGCAUCUUCUCGACUCAAAUCGGAUGUUGUGGAUGUGAUGGUUGCACCAUUUAGUCUACUUAGUCCUAAUCUGGAUCAGACAGCUGUUACAGCUAUUGCAAACACACAAUAUGAUCUACCUAACGGCAUCAUUGUAGAGGACGCUUAUCCAUCAACAAAGCUUCAGGAAGGUCUUAUGGCAAUAUCUGCUCGACAGCCAGGCUCGUACGUUGCAAAGCAGGCUUUCCGAUUGGCCAAGAAUGUUGACAUCGAUACCUUUAAAGCGGCUUGGGAGCGUACUAUCGAACUUUGUGGCAAUCUGAGAACUCGUCUUAUGGUUAUCGGAGAUUUGAGUAUACAGGUUGUGAUCAAAAAUGAGGAAAUUCGAUGGGACAUUUCCAGUACGACUCUGGAGGCGUACCUGUCCCAAACGUUUAAUAUGGGAUACGGUGAUUCUCUACUCCGCUAUGCCAUCGUCUAUGAACCGUCAGGCGAAAGCUACUUUGUUUUGAGCAUUCACCAUGCCGUAUUUGAUGGUUGGACGCUGUCUAUGCUUAUGACAACGCUAGAGUCGAUUUACCACGGUGUUGAAGCUCCCCUUGUCCGGCCCUAUGUUGAAUUUGUGAAGCAUAUUAUGGACAUCGAUAAGGUUGCGGCUUCCGAUUAUUGGCGUGACCAGCUUCAGAAUGCAAAGCGCGCCUCGUUCCCGCCAUUUUCGUCGUCUCAAGCAGCCCAAUCUGUUACUCGCAUUCUUGAGAAGCCUCUCAACUUUACUCAUUCAGGUACCUCAGGUAUUACCAAAGCAACUAUUUUGAGAGCUGCGUGGGCGGUUGUUCUAUCUAAAUAUUCCGAUACCAGUGAUGUGACCUUUGGCGUUAACGUUUCUGGUCGUAAUGCUGCGGUUGCUGGAAUUGAAACAAUGCCUGGAUUAGUGGUCGCUACGGUGCCUGUCCGUGUACGAUUACAUCCUGAACAAACGGUCGCGGAAUUCCUUGAAAGUAUGCAGACUCAAUCAACCGACAUGAUUCCAUAUGAGCAGUUUGGUCUGCAAGAUAUCUCUAAGCUUAGUCCUGAAGCUAAGGAUGCUUGCGAUUUUUCAUCUCUCAUGGUUAUUCAGCCCAUGUCUAGCAUUGUCGGUAAUGCAACAUCUAUUCUUGUACCCCAAGACCUUGACAAGGAUGCUACAGAAGAGAGAUUACAAAAUUAUUUCUCUUAUCCCCUUGUUAUUCAAGCUCAUAUAAAUGAUGAUGGUGGGGUCAAGUUGUUGCUCAUAUAUGAUGCCAACGUUCUUGCAGAGAAUCAGCUCCAAGCAUUGUCCACCCAAUUCGAACAUGUGGUCCAGCAGUUGCUUACCCAAGAUGCCGAGGCCAGGCUGGAGAACAUAACCGUUGCCGGACCAUGGGAUCUGCAGCAGGCCAUUAGUUAUAAUGUGAAAGAGCCUGGUAUGGUCAGUGCUUGUGUACAUGAGCUUAUUACCCAACAAGCACUCAGGGAUCCCCAUCAUGAGGCCAUCUACUCAAAUGAAGGCACAAUGACAUAUGCUACUUUGGAUCGUCUCUCGACCCUCCUAGCCCAGCACUUGCAUGGACUUGGUGUGAGGCCCGAAUCUGUUGUUCCGUUCUGUUUUGACAAGUCAUCGUGGGCGAUCGUCACCAUGCUCGCCAUUCUAAAAGCUGGUGGUGUAUUCCUACCUCUUGACCCAUCACAUCCUCGCAACCGCCGGGAAGUUUUGGUCCGAGAAGUUGGAGCUGAGAUUAUGGUUGUCUCACCUUCAUCAUCUGUCUCUUGUGAGAAUUUGACACCUACCAUGGUAGAGCUUACACCUCAAUUGUUUGAAGAGCUUUCAUCGAUUUAUGAUGCCUUCCGAGAGAUUCAACCCAAGGUUAAACCUAGCAGUGCAGCCUACGUUCUAUUUACCUCCGGCUCUACUGGUAAACCAAAAGGUGUUUUGAUGGAGCACUCUGCAUUUGCCACCAGUACCUUGGGACACGGUCGCGUAUAUAACCUCAGUCCGUCUUCUCGUGUCUUCCAAUUUUCCAACUACAUUUUUGAUGGAAGUUUGGGAGAGAUUUUUACCACUCUUUCAUUCGGUGGUACGGUUUGCGUGCCAUCCGAUGACGAAAGACUCCAAGGAGCUCCUUCUUUCAUGCGAGGAGCCCGAGUAAAUACUGCCAUGUUAACACCUUCGUUCGUUCGGACCUUUACACCUGAACAAGUUCCAUCAUUACAGUUGCUCAUUCUUGGCGGAGAACCUUGUUCUAAAGAUCUUCUUGAGACGUGGUGCGAUCGCCUUCGUCUGGUCAAUGGCUAUGGGCCAGCUGAAGCUUGUAAUUAUGCGACAACACAUGAUUUCAAAGCUACUGACUCUCCUCGCAUAAUCGGACGCGGCUUCAACAGCGCUUGUUGGAUUGUUGAUCCGACAGACUACAAUGAACUGACUCCCAUCGGUUGCAUUGGAGAGUUGGUUAUUCAAGGAAAUGCCCUUGCUCGUGGCUACAUAAAUGAUGCCGACCGCACUGCAGCUUCGUUCAUAACUCAUAUGGACUGCUUGCCCGAAUCCACCGUCCCCGGCCGACACAGGUUUUAUUUGACUGGUGACCUUGUUCGGUAUAACGUUAAUGGGGAUAUAGAGUAUCUUGGUAGAAAGGAUACACAAGUCAAGCUUCGUGGACAGCGCCUUGAGCUUGGCGAAAUCGAGUAUCAUGUCAAGCGAUCAUUGUCUAAUAUUGAACACGUUGCUGUUGAUGUGGUUCAUCGUGAGGCUGGCGAUGCUCUCAUUGCUUUUAUCUCGUUUAAGGAAAAGAUGGCAUCUUCUGGCAACAUCCUUUUGCUCAACGAUGAUCUACGCCUAGCCUUGGCUACUAUUAUGGAGCAUUUGAAGAUGUCUCUUCCGGGAUAUAUGGUUCCCACCAGUAUCUUACCUGUGAAGAGAAUGCCAUUCAUCACUUCGAUGAAAGUUGACCGGAAGAAGUUAAUUGCCACUGCCGCCGCUUUAUCAUUAGAACAACUUACCGCUUUCUCUAUGGUGAAGCGUGACUACAUCGCCCCCAGCACUUUCAUGGAGAAGAAGCUGGCGGGUUUGUGGGCUCAGGUGCUCAAAAUCGAUCCUAACGAUAUUAGCAAGAAUGAUAGUUUCCUUCAAAUUGGCGGUGAUUCAAUUUCUUCAAUUCAUCUAGUCGCACUUGCACAACAGUCUGGUGUUGGUUUAACUGUGGCUAGCAUCUUUGCCAAUUCUAAGCUAUCCUCAUUAGCCUUAACAGCUGAAGAGGGUAUCUCACAAUCAGUCCAUGAUGUGGCACCAUUCUCAAUGGUACCUACGAUGGAUCUGGAUUCUUUACUGGAAGAAGUUCGUGCCAAGUGUGGGUUAUCCAGCACUGCCGUUAUUGAAGACAUCUACCCUGUGACAACAUUCCAAGAAGGUCUUAUGGCAUUGACUGUCAAGCAAUCAGGUUCUCACGUGGCCAAAAAUGUCUACCGGCUCUCUGAGAAUACUGAUAUCGCACGCUUUAAAUCUGCGUGGGAGGCCACUGUGGAACUAUGCAGCAACCUUCGGACUAGGAUCGUACUCUCAGGCGACACCACUAUUCAAGUUAUCUUGAAAGAUGUAUCUCCCUGGGAUGACACUACGAAUAUGACCCUCCAGUCUUAUCUCCAGGGUAAUCAGAGCCACAUUGGCUAUGGCUCUGCAUUGAGCCACCACGCUCUUAUUGAACAGGCCGAUGGAAGCAGCUAUUUUGUGUGGUCUAUUCAUCAUGCCGUUUUUGAUGGCUGGACUACUCGCUUGGUCUUAAACACCCUCUUUUCCGCGUAUAUGGGUGAUUACCCUGCCCCAUUUACCUCUUAUGCUCAUUUCAUCAGCUAUACUACGAAUCUUAAUGCUGAUGCCGCUAAGGCCUUCUGGACCGAGCAGUUGUUGGAUGCUAAGCGGGCGCCAUUCCCUGCUGCCCUCUCCCGCAAUAACCAGUCUAAAACGCGAGUACUUGAGAAAGCCAUUGAACUGCCGCAAUUUCAACAGACCUCGAUCACUAUGGCCUCCAUUCUGCGUGCUACAUGGUCUAUUGUCCUCGCACGACAUUGUGAUACCGAUGAUGUAACUUUUGGAACUGCAAUUUCCGGAAGACAGGCUCCGGUUGCUGGUAUAACCGAAAUGGUAGGCCCAGUUGUUGCUACUGUCCCGGUACGCGUUCGACUGGAUAAGCUUGCGUCUGUUCCGGAAUUUCUUCAGGGUAUUCAGAAUCAAGCUUCUGAAAUGAUUCCUUUUGAACAAUUCGGCCUACAGAAUAUUGCGAAGUUAAAUAUUGAAGCUAAAGAGGCUUGUGAUUUUGCAUCGCUUUUAGUCAUUCAGCCCAUGAAGAAGCUGCUUGAUACGGGCAAUAACAAAGCCAUCCUGGAAGACAUGAGUGCGACGACCGAAGAUUUGGAAGAGUAUAUGAAAGAUUACUUCUCCUAUCCUCUUGUUGUGCAAGGUCAUGUGUAUGAAGACUCAGUUAACUUGGUCCUUAUAUAUGACGCGGACAUUCUAUCUGAGCAACAAUUGCUCGCUGUAGCUCAUCAAUUUGAGCAUGUUGCACAGCAGCUUGUUAUGGAGGAUAGCAGCAAUAAGACUCUCGGGGAUGUGUCUGUAUCAAGCUCUUGGGACAUCGAGUAUGCUAUACGUCAGAACAACGAAGUACCUGAUCUUAUUGAAUCUUGCUUCCAUACCCUCGUUGAGCAACAGAAAAUGAUUCGACCGGAGUCUCCUGCCGUCCGCAGUUGGGAUGGGAAUUUUACAUAUAGUCAACUCGAUCAGGCUGCCAAUAGGUUGGCGAACCACCUUGUGGCAGAGUAUGAAAUCAAGAAUGACGAGCUUAUUCACGUUUGCUUCGAGAAGUCAUCUUGGUUUGUGGUUGCUAUUCUGGCCAUUAAUAAAGCUGGCGGUGCUUGGGUUCCAUUAGACCCUUCCCAUCCUACUCAGCGGCAUCAGCAGGUCGUUGGUCAAACUAAAGCUCGGCUUGCUCUGGUCUCGCGUUCAAACAUUUCAACGUGCGUUGACCUUGUAGAGCACGUGGUAGAAGUUUCGUCUGCUACAGAUGAAAUUUUGAACAAGGCUGAGCCAUCUGAUCGGGGCCGUGGUCGCGAAAUUUCUCCCUCCAACGCCGCCUACGUGCUUUUUACUUCCGGAUCCACCGGUACUCCAAAGGGACUCGUAAUGGAGCAUAGAAGCCUUUGCACAGCACAAACGGCUAUUAUAAAGCGUCUGAGGCUUCCUUCCAGCGCUAAGACACUACAGUUUGCUUCUUAUGUAUUCGAUGCUGCGGUUGCUGAAAUCGCUUCCACACUUAUUACCGGCGGGUGUUUAUGUAUCCCGUCAGACCACGACAGGAUGAACGCGCUGCCUGAAUUUAUUCGACACAACGGCAUCAAUUGGGCUUGGAUUACACCGUCAUUAAUUCGAACUCUUAAGCCCAAAGAUGUACCAAGUCUAGAAACGGUGAUCCUAGUAGGUGAAGCUGUUACUAGAGAUAUCAUGGAUGCUUGGUUUGGCAAGGUCCGCCUAGUUAAUGGAUGGGGGCCAGCUGAGACCUGCGUGGUGUCUACCCUUCAUGAAUGGAAAUUCAUUGAUGAAUCGCCUCUCACAAUUGGGUCUCCCGUGGGUGGUUUCUGCUGGAUUAUCGAUCCAGAAAAUCCCCAGAAAAUCGCCCCAAUUGGAGCAGUGGGCGAAAUCGUUAUCCAAGGACCAACAAUAUUAAGGGAAUACCUGGACGACCCGGUUCGCACAUCAGCUAGUACGGUUAAGAACCUUCCUGCAUGGGCCCCGAGCCGUAAAACUAAGUAUUGGAAUCGAUUCUACAAGUCUGGUGACCUUGCUUUUUAUAAUGCAGAUAGAACCAUUCAAUUUGUGAGUCGCAAGGACACGCAAAUUAAGAUCCGCGGUCUCCGUGUUGAAUUGGGCGAAGUUGAACACCACGUCAAGACAGCCCUGAGCGGCGCUCAACAGAUUGCUGUCGAUGUCAUCAGAUCCGGCAUCGGUGCUAGUCUGGUGGCAUACUUUUGCUUUACCGAUGAAAUAAGAAUUACGGGUACUCGUGCAGGCUCUGAUGAUAGUGGUCCAUUUGUCCAAAUGGAUGAUGAAUUACAGGGUAUUCUCACCAAGGUGAUAGGCCAGCUAAACAUCUUAUUGCCGCGAUAUAUGGUUCCAACAUUCUUUAUUCCUUGCUGGUAUAUGCCUUACAUUACUUCAAGAAAAUUGGAUAGAAAUGACCUCAAACGACGAACUGCUGUACUCAGCCAAGAAGAGCUUAUGAUGUACUCUCUUCAAAUGGGGAAAAAACGCACACCACAAACGAUAAUGGAAAAAGACCUUCAAGCUAUUUGGUCUGAACUAUUAUCUCUUCCAUCUGAGAAUAUUGGCCUUGACGAUAGCUUUUUGCGCUUAGGCGGUGAUUCAAUUACUGCUAUCCACCUUGUCACUAUGUCCCGCGAGAAGGGCAUCUCAUUGACGGCUCAGGAUAUUUUUGAUGACCCGAGAUUGUUUGCUGUCGCCUCACAUGCUAAGAAGGCGGAUGAAGAUGAACAAGACGCUCUCGUAAUCGCUCCCUUCUCGCUUCUUAGCGAGAAAUUACAGCAAUUGGCCAUAGCCGAUGAUGUUCGCGCCCAGUGUAAUUUGUCAUCUGGAACCAUUGUGGAUGCCUACCCGUGCACCGCCCUGCAAGAGGGCCUCAUGGCAUUGUCUGUCAAGCAACCUGGCUCAUAUAUUGCCAAGUUUGUCUAUCGCAUACCUAGUUAUGUGGAUAUUACUCGUUUUAAAGCUUCCUGGGAGCAGACUGUUAGUCUUUGCGACAACCUUCGAACCCGGAUUGCCCUUGUUGAUGGACGAGCCACCCAAAUUGUUACUGAUGAGCCCGUCACCUGGGCACACAGCCUUGAUUUGAGUACCGCAUUUUCGGAUAUGAGGUCAGCAAGGAUGACUUACGGAUCUUCCCUGUCUCAAUUUGCAUUGGUCCAGCAGAGUGGUGACGAUACUUUCUUUUUGUGGUCAAUUCAUCAUGCUAUAUUCGACGGCUGGACAGUGCCAAUAUUGAUGAACACAUUGCAUGCUCUCUACCGUCGCGUAGAGCCAGCGCAACCCGUAUCUUAUGCUCGAUUUGUUAAGUUUACUAUGGAAGUUGACAAUGAAGAGACGGUCAAGUACUGGAGAGACCAAUUGCAUGGCGCAAAGAAAGCCACGUUCCCUCCAGUUACGCCUUCUCGACCUAACGCGAUGAAUGUUCUGGAGAAAUCCAUCAAUUACUCCCGGACUGUCGGUUCAUCAAUUACUAGGGCCACCCUCUUACGAGCGGCAUGGGCUCUUGUACUUUCUCGAUACUCUGAAAGCAAUGAUGUAACCUUUGGUACCACAAUCUCCGGUCGUCAGGCUCCUGUCGAUGGUAUCACUAACAUAGCCGGCCCUGCUGUUGCAACUGUUCCUGCUAGAAUUCACCUUAACAAGCAGCAGACUGUAUCUGCUUUCUUAGAGAGUGUCCAGAAUCAAGCUCUAGGUAUGAUACAUUACGAGCAAUAUGGUCUACAAAAUAUCUCAAAGAUCAGCUUGGAUGCCAAGGAAGCUUGUGAUUUUACCUCACUUUUGGUUAUCCAACCCAUCGAUCAAUUGGAAUAUCGCAGCGAUGAUGCACUUUUGGUUCCAGCUGAGUCGUCUAUUACUGAAGAGGCAGACAUCAUGAAAAACUACUUCUCAUAUCCUCUUGUUAUCCAAGGUCAUCUUUAUAAAAACACCAUCAACCUCAUGCUCAAUUAUGAUUCCCAAAUCCUAUCGGAAAGCAAGAUGCAAGCCUUAUCUCAUCAUUUUGAUAAUGCUGUUCAAGCACUUACUAACAGAGGUGACAUGCUUCUUGGUAGUAUAUCUCUAUCAAGUAGGUGGGAUUUUGACCAGGCUCUUCAACUGAAUAGCAGAACGCCCAACGCUGUUGAACGGUGCUUCCAUGAAAUGGUUGACGAAGUUGCGUCGGUUAGAAAAGACUCUCUAGCCAUUUCUGGUUGGGAUAAGUCGUUUACCUAUAAAGAGAUGACGGAGACAACGAAUCGCAUUGCUCAGUAUCUUAUUGCCGAGCACGGAGUCAAAGUCGGAGAUAUUAUUCAUGUAUGCUUCGAAAAGUCGGCUUGGUUCCUCAUCGCUACUCUAGCUAUCAAUAAGGCUGGUGCAGCCUGGUCAACUCUUGACCCAUCUCAUCCAACUGAACGAUAUCAGAAGAUCAUCAGUCAAACUGGUUCUCAGUUAGCACUAACUUCGGCUGUAAAUUCUCACAGGUGUAUGGGUUUAUUGCCAAAAGUCAUUGAACUGACACCUGAACUUGAUGCCAAAUUGGCUCUCGAUAGUCAAUGGAGCGCCGAAAGACCAGCCGUUAAAAUCACCCCCAGCGAUGCCGCUUAUAUCUUAUUCACCUCUGGAUCCACAGGUGUACCAAAAGGUGUUGUGAUUGAACACGCGUCGCUCUGCACCAGUCAAACUUCUCUAUCACAGGCUCUUAAAUUUCAGGAACAGUUUAGAGUUCUCCAGUUCUCAUCUUACUCAUUUGAUGCUGCAUUAUUUGAGAUUGGCUCCACCUUCCUCACUGGUGCUUGCCUGUUUGUUCCCUCAUGGGAUGAACAGAUGAACCAGUUAACAGAAUACAUCCGGAAGCAUCAGAUCACCUGUGCGCUUCUAACACCGACUCUGGCUCGAACUAUCCGCCCUGAGGAUGUUUCUUCUCUAGACAUACUAUUAGUUGCUGGCGAGGCCCCUACGCUUGAUAUCCUCGAUACCUGGUUUGGUAAAGUCAGACUUAUCAACGCUUGGGGUCCAACUGAAUGCUGCGUUGCUGCAUGUAUUCACGAGUGGACUUCAGUCAGCGAAUCGCCUAGAGUUAUCGGUCAGCCAAUUGGCGGCUCUUGUUGGAUUGUUGAUCCAGAUGAUGCAACACGCAUGGCACCCUUAGGAACUGUUGGAGAAAUCGUAGUACAAGGCCGAAAUCUGCUACGUGAAUAUCUCUCCGAUCCUAUCAAAACCGCUGCUGCUACAGUUACAGGUCUCCCCCAAUGGGCUCCAAAGCGUGAUUCUCUUCACUGGGAUCGCUUCUACCUCACAGGUGACUUGGGCUUCAUCAAUGACUCUGGGAAUAUAGAAUAUUGUACCCGUAAAGACACUCAAGUUAAGAUUCGAGGACAACGUCUCGAGCUUGGAGAGAUUGAGCAUCAUAUUCAGGCUCAUCUCGAAGGUGUCCGACAGGUCGCUGUAGACGUUGUCAAAUCUGACGCUGGCUCAACGCUUAUUGCUUUCAUUAGCUUCUCUGAUGCCAAGGAACCGACCAGUCUUGACGAAAAGACCAUUGGAAACGGGAUAUUUUUGCCACUUGAAGGAAGUCUCCAAGCUACAAUUAGUAGCAUGAUGGGAACACUGGGUACACUCAUGCCCCGAUACAUGGUGCCAAGCGCAUUCAUUCCAUGUGCCUACAUGCCGCUGGCGACUUCAACCAAAUUAGAUCGCAAGAAGUUGAAGGAACUGGCCGCUUGUCUUAGCCAAGAGGAAAUGGUUGUCUACUCGCUCGCCAACGAAGAGAAAAAUGCCCCUCAGACAGCUAUGGAGAGCCGAAUCCAGAAACUGUGGGCACAGGUCUUAAAUCUCAGUAUUGACGCGAUAGGACGCGAUGACUCCUUCCUUCAAAUUGGUGGCGAUUCUAUUUCUGCAAUUCAAUUUGUUUCCGUCGCUCGAGAUGCCAACGUCAAAAUCACUGUCAGAGAUGUCUUUAACGAUCCACGGCUGUUAGCUAUUGCGUCUAAAGCCACUGAGAUAGGUGAAGACGGUGAGGAAGUGGUCCAAAUCAAACCUUUCGGUCUUCUGGACCACUCUCUUAAAAACGCCGUUCUCAGCCAGAAUAUUCAAGAUCAAUUCAACCUUCCAACUGAUAGGGAAAUAGAGGAUGCCUACCCAUGUACGAAACUCCAGGAGGGUCUCAUGGCUCUCGCUGUUAAGCAGCCUGGAUCGUACAUUGCUAAAUUUUUCUAUCGAAUUUCUCGUAACAUCAAUAUCUUACUCUUCAAGGCCACUUGGGAGGAGACUGUUCGCCUGUCGCCCAACCUCCGCACCAGAAUCCUCAAUAUUGGCAGCAUGUCCAUCCAAGCUAUCCUGAAAAAUGAUAUUUCUUGGCAAUCAACCAGAGGAGACUCUUUGCGUUCUUAUAUGCGUGCCGCUGAAGCUUCCGAGAUGACUUAUGGCUCCUCGUUGACCCGAUAUGCCCUUAUUGAAGACGGUGGUGAAACCUAUUUUGCAUUACUUAUGCAUCAUGCAAUUUUCGACGGUUGGGGCCUAAGGACUGUUAUGGCAAUUUUUCACUCUCUCUUCCGCAACCAGAGUCCUGUGGUUGUACAGCCUUAUGAACGAUUUGUCCAUUACACGUUAAAUAUUGACAGUAAUGCUGCAGCUGAUUACUGGAAGGCUCAAUUCAAUGGUGCAAGGCAAACACUUUUCCCAGCAGCCUUAUCAUCUGCACAGGAGAAGAAAAGAAAUACCACGCUCACCUUUGAGAAGGCAAUUGAACUGCCUAAUAUGAGCAAGACUUCAGUCACAAAAGCCACUAUGCUUCGAGCUGCCUGGGCUAUUGUAUUAUCUAAGUACUGUGAUUCUGAUGAUGUUACCUUUGGUACCACAAUAUCUGGUAGGCAAGCGCCCGUUCAUGGCCUUGCCGAUAUGACCGGACCUGCUAUUGCGACAGUCCCCGUCCGCGUUCUCAUUGACCGUGCCCAGUCUAUUGCGGAUUAUUUACAAACUAUUCAAAGCCAGGCAAACGACAUGAUUCCCUUUGAACAAUUCGGCUUACAAAACAUUUCCAAACUCAGUUCUGAUGCUAAAGAUGCCUGCAAUUUCAGCAGUCUGCUUGUAAUUCAACCUAUACAAUCACUAUCCUAUGCGGAUGAAAGUGCAGACGCUAUUUUUGUCCAUGCAGAGGUUGACAAGGAAAUUGGCGACACAGUUCAAAAUUAUUUCAGCUAUCCAUUGGUUAUUCAAGGGCACAUGCAUGAAAGCUUCAUCAACCUUGUUCUAAUUUACGAUACGGAUGUGCUACCCGAGAACCAGAUGAUUGCUUUAUCCCACCAAUUCGAAAUAGUCAUGAAACAAUUGGCCUAUCAGUCAGAUCAGGAACUGGGCUCUGUUUCUUUGGCUAGUGAUUGGGACCUUGUCAAUUGUAUGAGGCAGAAUAGCGAUAUUCCCGAUAUUGUUGAUUCUUGUAUUCAUCAGUUAAUUGAGCAUCAAGCUACUGCGCAGCCAGAUGCCCUUGCUAUCGUGAGCUGGGAUCGCGAUUUUACCUACCGGCAACUUAACGAGGCGUCCAAUAGGCUGGCACAUUUCCUUGUCAGUAAAUAUAAUGUUCAGCCAGAAGAUUUAAUCCCAGUCUGCUUUGAGAAGAGUGCCUGGUAUUUUGUCGCUAUUACGGCGAUUAAUAAAGCCGGUGCUGCCUGGGUUCCCCUCGAUCCCUCACAUCCAGAAUUACGUCUCCGUCAAGUCGUUUCUCAGACCUGCGCCAAACUGGCUCUGUCAUCUUCAGCCAAUUCCAAAUUAUGUGGUAUUCUCGUUGACAAGGUCAUCGAAAUAAACGCGGAGCUUGAUAACAAGCUAUUGGCAACUGAAGCCAGUGCGUAUGGUCCUAUUGUGGCUAUCUCUCCACGUAACGCCGCAUAUGUGCUAUUCACAUCUGGUAGCACAGGAACUCCCAAAGGUCUUGUUAUGGAACAUGGAUCUGUCUGUACGUCGCAGGUGGCCAUUGCCAAAAGACUAGGUCUAACCUCAAAGGUUCGAAUGUUGCAAUUUGCUGCGUUUGUCUUUGAUUUAUCAAUUGGCGAGAUCAUUGGACCGCUUAUUUCCGGUGCUUGCAUUUGCGUCCCAUCAGAGGACACCCGCAUAAGUGGCAUCGUUGACUUUAUUAACACCAAGGCUGUUACUUGGGCAUAUCUGACACCAUCCUUUGUUCGUACAAUAAAACCAUCGGAGGUGUCUCACCUAGAGCUUCUACUACUUGCGGGUGAAGCUGUUGCCCGGGACAUUUUCACGACCUGGGUUGGUAAGCUCCGUCUAAUUAAUGGUUGGGGCCCUGCCGAAACUUGUUGCUUUAGCGCAUUGCAUGAAUGGCAAUCUGCUGAGGAGAGUCCUCUUACUGUUGGUCGUCCCGUGGGUUCAUUCUGUUGGAUAGUUGACCCAGAAAAUCCGUGUCAACUUGCGCCAACCGGUAUCUUAGGCGAGGUUGUAAUUCAGGGCCCAACAAUUCUACGCGAGUAUUUAUCAGAUAAAGAACGUACCGACGUUGCUGUUGUUAAAACUCUUCCCGAGUGGGCACCAUUCCGCGAGCAGGCCAGUUGGAGCCGCUUUUAUAAAUCGGGAGAUCUUUGCAAGUAUAAUCCUGAUGGAACUAUUGAGUUCUCCAGUCGCAAGGAUACACAGGUUAAGAUACGUGGCUUGAGAGUUGAACUAGGCGAAGUUGAACACGCUAUUCAGGUCGCUUUAGAUGGUGUCCAUCAAAUCGCCGUUGACAUUUUCAAGGGCGAUAAUGGUACCAACCUCGUGGCAUAUUUCUCGUUUAGUGAGGAAACCCGCCAGAUCCACGAAGCCGAUCCCUCUGGGCCCUUUCAAACGAUGGAUGAGAAUCUACAAGCCCGUCUAACAGCCGUUGUAGGGGAGCUGAACAUAGCUCUACCUAGGUACAUGAUUCCAACUCUGUUCAUCCCCUGCAAGUAUAUGCCUUCUAUUACGUCUACCAAACUCGAUAGGGGCGAGCUUCGGCGUCGCACCGAGACCCUCACUAAAUCUGAACUGGCUGUGUUUUCUCUCUUAAGUGGUAAAAAGAGGGCCCCUGAGACACCAAUGGAGAUUCUUAUUCAGCGCAUCUGGUCAGAGAUCUUUCAUAUGCCAGUCGAUUCUAUCGGUCGUGAUGAUAGCUUUUUAAGCCUCGGAGGUGACUCGAUUACCGCUAUCCACUUAGCGAGCGUUUCUCGGGAUGAGGGUAUCCAUAUUGCUGCAAAAGAUGUUUUUGAUGACCCACGUCUACUGGCUAUUGCGAGUAAAGCUAAGGACCUGAGCAUCGAGGCUCAACAACCUCUUGAUAUACUCCCAUUCAACCUUCUUGGCGCUGAGACUCGCGACCUAGCUGUCGGUCCCAGUGUCAGGGAGCAACUGAAGCUGCUCGCAGGGCAGACCAUUGAGAAUGCAUAUCCAUGUACCAAGCUUCAAGAAGGCUUGAUGGCAUUAUCUGUGAGCCAGCCAGGAUCCUACAUCGCGAGAUACGUCUACCGCCUACCCCAUCAGGCCGAUAUUACUCGCUUUAAAGCUGCAUGGGAACAGACCGUCGCUUACCAUUCUAUUUUGAGAACGAGAGUUAUCAUGAUCAACGAUACUUGCGUUCAGUUGGUAGUUAAAGACGGGGUUACUUGGGAGAACCAUGAUUCCAAAGAUCUGGAUGAAGCUAUCCGUGUUACUCAUUCUUACACCAUGACGUACGGCACACCUCUUUCUAUGUACUCCAUUCAUGAGUCCGAGUCCGGUGAUUCGUACUUUUUGUGGACGAUCCAUCACUCAAUGCAUGAUGGUUGGGCCGUGUCCGUGAUUUUCAAGACACUUGAUCAAGCUUACAAGGGCCACACAUUAGGAACUCCUAAAGAUUUUUCGAGAUUUGUCAGAUACACCAUGGAACUUGAACAGAAAGCGGCUGGCAAUUAUUGGAGAGAACAACUUCAAAAUGCAAAGCGGGCAAGCUUCCCAAAGACUAGUCUCGUGGUAAAGCCUACUGGCAUUGACCAGAAGACUCGGACUAUGUCUACGUCUAUCAAAUUCCCUUCAUCCUCUACUAUGCUUGUUACUAAGGCUAGCAUUAUAAGAGCUGCCUGGGCAAUUGUUCUUGCGAGAUACUGCGACAGUGAUGAUGUUUGCUUCGGAGCCACUAUCUCCGGAAGGCAGGCACCUGUGUCUGGCCUCCUAGAGAUGGCCGGCCCGGCAAUUGCAACUGUCCCAGUUCACGUGCGGCUUGAUAGAGAUCAGAAUAUUUCUAGUUUCCUACAGGGAAUCCAAGAGCAGGCUCAUGAGAUGGUUCCGUACGAACAAUAUGGUCUUCAGAAUAUUGCCAAAUUGAGCAAUAACGCGAGAGAUGCUUGUGAAUUUACAUCGCUCCUGGUAAUCCAGCCUGCACAACGAAGCGAGUUUAGCAUGCGGUCUGAUAAGGAAGCUCUUUUAACCCCAAUUCAAGCUAAGCUUGAUGAUUUGCUUCAAAAUUAUUAUAGCUAUCCUCUGGUCCUUCAAGGUCAUGUUUAUGAUGACCGCGCUGAGCUCGUUUUGAUUUACAAUUCAACUGUUGUUCCACAGCCACAGAUGACUGCCCUCUGUCAACAUUUUACCAACGUUAUGCAGCAACUGUUGACAAAUGAAAGUAGCGGUAAACUGAAAGAUAUCUCUGUUGCUGGCUCAUUCGAUCUCGAGCUUGCACGGAAAUCUAAUGGUGAGGGACCUAAGAUCAUUGAAGACUGCAUCCACCAUAUUAUUGCAAGUCAGGUUGAACAGACCCCGAAUGUACUUGCUGUCGACGCUUGGGAUGGACAGUUCACCUAUGGUGAAUUAGACCGCGCAGCUAACAGAUUGGCAAACCUCCUCAUUAAUGACUAUGGAGUAAAGAUCGGCGACAUUGUGCAUGUUUGCUUUGAGAAGUCCAAGUGGUAUAUCGUGGCUAUUCUGGCAAUUAAUAAAGCCGGCGCUGCUUGGGCUCCAUUUGAUCCUGCGCAUCCUCUUCAGCGACUCCAAGCUGUUGCCGGUAGAACUGGUGCCAAGCUGGCCCUUGCUUCAACUGCCAAUACAAGCCUCUGUGAACAAGUGGUUGAAUGCGUCGUUGAAGUUUCGUCUACAUCUGACAGAGAGCUUUUAAAUUCCUACGGCAUUAGCAAAAAGGGGCCCGAUGUUAACGUCACCCCUACUGACACUGCCUACAUUUUGUUCACGUCAGGAUCUACUGGCAUGCCUAAGGGUAUUGUGAUGCAACACAGAGCACUUUGCACAAGCCAAACAGCUAUCAGUCGACGGCUGGGAAUUGAUCACACUGUUAGGGCACUACAAUUCUCAUCUUUUGUUUUCGAUGUAUCAGUUGGCGAAAUUAUUCAGUCUCUGAUGAACGGUGCCUGUAUCUGCGUUCCGUCAGACCACAUGCGUCUUAAUAGCCUCGAUACUUUCGUCCGCGACUUCAAUGUCACAUGGGCAUACUUGACGCCAUCAUUCAUACGAACACUGAAACCCAAAAACUUCCCCAGUCUCAAGAUGGUACUCUUAGCUGGUGAACCUACACCUCAAGAUGUUCUCAGCACUUGGUUUGGCCUUCCUAACACGCGAAUCAUCAAUGCCUGGGGUCCUGCGGAGACUUGCGUUUACAGCGCGCUGUACGAGUGGCAAUCCAAUACCGACUCUCUCUUAAAAAUUGGUCAAGCGGUUGGUGCUAACAUAUGGGUUGUUGACGUUGAAAAUCCUCAGCAGCUAGCACCCACAGGCUGCUUAGGCGAAAUUGUUGUCCAAGGUCCUUCACUUCUCAAGGAAUAUCUCGCUGACCCUGAGAAAACUGACGCUGCUAUUGUCGCUAAGCUUCCUGGAUGGGCUCAUCAACGCCAAUCACCAGCAUGGAGCCGAUUCUACAAGACUGGAGACUUAGGUUUCUACGACUACAACGGCGUUCUUCACUAUGCUGGUCGUAAGGACACGCAGGUGAAGAUUCGUGGGUUACGUGUUGAGCUAGGUGAAGUUGAAUACCACAUUCAAAAUUCGCUGAUAGGUAUUCGGCAAGUUGCGGUUGAUGUCUUUAAGACCGAAAGGGGAGCCAAUUUGGUUGCUUAUUUCUGCUUUUCUGAUGAUACCAAGACUCCGAAUCAGAACACCGAUGCUGAGGGCAAAGAUGUAUUUAUGUCUAUUGAUGCUGAACUGCAGGCUAAUCUAGUCGAAAUGCUGGCCCAGCUGAACUCUUCGCUACCAAGUUAUAUGGUUCCGACGCUGUUCAUUCCUUGCAAUUAUAUGCCUUUCAUCGCUUCUUCUAAGUUAGACCGCGUCAAACUUCGUUAUCUAACGUCUGUGCUCAGUCAAGACCAGCUUGAGGCCUAUUCUUUGCUCGAUAUUGAGAAACGAGCACCUGAAACUGAGAUGGAAUUUCGUCUUCAGAAGCUCUGGUCUGAGAUAUUAGACCUACCAGAAGUAUCAAUUGGCCGAGACGAUAAUUUCCUGCGCAUGGGUGGAGACUCAAUUGCUGCUAUCCGGCUGGCUUCAAUGGCCCGCGACAUUGGGAUUAGCCUUACAGUGAAUGAUGUGUUCGAAGACGCCCGACUGAGCUCGGUUGCCGCUAAAGCUAUUGAUUGUGACAAGAAUAGCAGUCUUCUGGCGCCGAUUGAAGCAUUCAGCCUCUUGCCUGCUGAUAUCGAAGAUCUUGUUCUACCCACUGCUCUCGUUAAUGGCCAAUUCAUCGAAGAUGCUUAUCCUUGCAGCAAGCUGCAAGAAGGCCUCAUGGCUCUCGCUGUAAAGCAACCUGGUUCUUACAUCGCCAAAUAUGUCUACAAACUUUCCGAACAUGUUGACGUUAAUAAAUUCAAGGUAUCCUGGGAGCGCACAGUUGAGAUAGCUGGAGCCUUACGAACCCGGAUCAUCCAAAAUAACGGGCAUUCCAUCCAAGUUGUCAUUAACGGCGAUAUUACCUGGGAUAAGACCGACGGCGAUCUACAAUCAUGUCUCGUGCAAUCUCAAUCUCUUGAGAUGGGAUAUGGUACACGGCUUUGCCAGUAUGCACUUAUUCAAGAUAGCAACAAUACACACUUCAUAUGGCAUAUGCAUCAUGCUGUUUUCGAUGGUCUGUCAACACAGAAUGUCCUGAAUACGCUAUUCAAGGUCUACAGGGGUAUCGACGUUCCGCCUCUCCCGCCAUAUGCUCGAUUUAUCCAAUACACCCUUCAACUCGAAGAGGAUACUUUGGUCAACUAUUGGAAAGAUCAGCUUCACAACGCCCGAAAAGCGAUAUUCCCGCCAUCAAGCGAUGUUUCUCAUGCUAAACAUGCUGCUACUAAAGUGCUGCAAACGUCUAUUGAGCUCCCCUCAAGCAUGAAGAACUCAACAAUCACAAUGGCUACGGUAAUCCGAGCAACUUGGGCUAUCGUUCUUGCUAGAUACUGUGAUUCAGACGAUGUGACGUUUGGUACUACUAUCUCCGGUCGACAGGCGCCUAUCCCGGAUAUUUUAGAAAUGGUUGGCCCUAUAAUUGCUACUGUGCCAGUCCGUGUACGUAUUAACCGCCAGCAGCUCGUCUCUGAUUUCCUCGCAGGGAUUCAAAAGCAGGCUGUGGAAAUGAUCGCCUUUGAACAGUAUGGUCUUCAAAACAUCGCUAAAUUGAGCGAUGAUGCGCGCGAUGCGUGCAACUUCAGCAGCCUUCUGGUCGUCCAACCUAUGCAACAUCUUGGUGGCAUCAACAACGAUGAUAACAUCUUCAUUGACGCUGGCAUUAGUGGGGAUGAUGCCCUCCAGAACUACUUCUCUUAUCCCCUUAUGAUCCAAGGUCAUUUAUAUGAUGAUCAUGUAGACUUUGCGCUCAUUUAUGACGCGAACAUCAUUCCUGAAGCUCAAUUAGUUGCAUUGUCUCACCACUUCAGUCAUGUAAUGACGCAACUAACUACCAAUAAGUCUGUUACUCUAGAAACAGUCUCAGUCUCUUCACCAUAUGAUGUCCAGAAGGCCAUGGAAAUUAAUUCUGAGAUACCGGAAGUCAUUGACGCCUGCAUGCAUGAAUUGUUUGAGAAACAGGUCAACUUGAGUCCACAGGCUCCGGCUAUUGCUGCCUGGGAUGGUAAUUUUACCUAUAGUGAGCUUAAUAGAGCAGCCAACAGGCUGGCUCAUUAUCUCAUCAAUGUCUACGGCGUCAAGCCUCACGAUUUUGUUCAUCUUUGCUUUGACAAAUCAGCAUGGUACCCAAUCUCGAUAAUUGCAAUAAACAAGGCGGGUGCAACUUGGGUCCCAUUAGAUCCUUCACAUCCACUGCAACGAUUACGAUCAAUUGUCAACCAAACCAAGGCUACCCUAGCCUUAGUCUCACCAGAGAACGUGGCUCUCUGCUCAGGCUUAGUUGAUAACGUUUUGGAGGUAACUUCGGAUCUUGAAGUUAUGCUCCAGAGAGAAGACGGAUUCAAUAGUCCCGAAGUCAAUAUCUCUUCUCGAGCUGUGUCGUAUGUUCUCUUCACCUCGGGUUCAACUGGCACGCCUAAAGGCUUCAUGAUAGAGCACGGUGCUUUAUGCACAAAUAUAAACGCAAUUGCUAAGAGAGUCCGCCAUGGCUUAAACGCGCGGAUUCUGCAAUUUGCCGCCUACGUAUUCGAUUUUUCUGUUAUGGAGAUUAUCCUGUCAUUACUUCAAGGGGCUUGUAUAUGUGUGCCCUCCGAGCACGUACGCAUGAAUAGCCUAGUCGAUUUUAUCCGCGAUAUGAACAUCAACUGUCUCUAUCUAACACCAUCCUUCUUGCGCACUAUUCAUCCAAGCAACGUUCCGAGCGUGGAAUUGGUUUUUGUAGCAGGCGAGGCUUUGCCACGAGAUGUCUUCGAGACCUGGGUUGGUCGCGUUCGUUUCCUCAAUGGUUGGGGCCCUGCAGAAACGGUUAUCGCCAGCAGCAUUCAUGAAUUUGAAUCUGUUGAUGAGUCACCUUUAACCAUCGGCCGCCCUGUCGGUGGUUUCUGCUGGAUUGUCGAUCCGAAUAACCCCCAGUGUCUUGCACCAAUCGGGACUCUUGGCGAGGUAGUGAUCCAAGGACCAACUUUACUUCGCGAGUAUCUUGGUGACCCUAAAAAGACACAGGAAACAGUUACGAAUAAUUUACUAGAAUGGGCACCCCGUCCGGACAAAUUCAACUGGAACCGAUUUUAUAAGACCGGUGAUUUAUGCUUUUAUAACACCAACGGUAUGAUCGAGUUUUCUUCCCGCAAGGAUACGCAGGUUAAGAUUCGUGGUCUUCGUGUCGAGCUUGGUGAGAUUGAGUAUCACGUUCAAACCUCGUUUAAAGCAAUCCGCCAGAUUGUUGUAGACGUUAUAACAACGGACAACGGCUCUAACCUGAUAGCAUAUCUAUGUUUCAACGACAAGAUGAGACGACUUCAUGAAGCCGAUGUCAAUGGCCCAUUCGCCCCCUUCGAUGCUGAGUUUCAAGAGACACUUGUUGAGGCUGUAGGUGAAUUAAACGUGGCUUUGCCACGUUACAUGAUUCCUACAUUCUACAUCCCAUGCAGUUACAUGCCCAGCAUCACAUCUCUCAAACUUGACCGAAAGGAGCUUAAAAGACACGCGGCAGCUCUAAGCCAAUCCGAACUAAACAAGUUCUCGCUACAUGGCGUCAGCAAGCGUAUACCCGUGACUCCUAUGGAAUUUCAGCUACAAAAGAUCUGGUCAGCAAUAUUAUCCAUUCCGACCGACUCUAUUGGCCGCGAUGAUAGCUUCCUUGGACUAGGAGGCGACUCAAUUAUCGCCAUCCAUCUCGUCACUGCGUGUCGCGAGGCUGGGUUUUCCAUCACUGUAAAGGAAAUUUUUGACGACCCUCGUCUAUCUGCAGUUGCUUCCAAAGUUCACACCCUUGACGCUAUUGACGAAGAUAUGUCUAUCAUUCCAUUCAGUUUACUAUCUGAUCAUCUCUGUGCUACUGUUCACAGUGAUGACAUACGAUCCCAGAUAGCAUUAUCCUCCGGUCAAACUGUCGAAGAUGCCUAUCCUUGUUCAAAAUUACAAGAAGGACUGAUGGCUCUGUCUGUCAAACAACGCGGUUCUUACGUCGCGCAAUACGUGUUUAAGUUGUCGAGUAGCGUAGAUCUCGUACGGUUCAAAGCUGCUUGGGAGCGAACUCUUCAACUUUGCGCUAAUCUUCGAAGCCGCAUUAUCAUCCUUGAUGGUACUUGCGUUCAGCUAUUGAUCGAUGGGCCGGCUGAGUGGGAUGUCACAUAUCCAACAGAUCUACAGGGUGCCAUCGAUGUGACUCGUUCUGAGAUGACUUACGGUUCUCGUCUCAACCGUUAUGCGUUAGUUGAGGAUGCUGACUCUGGCAAUUAUUUCAUCUGGGCGUCGCACCAUGCUGUUCAUGAUGGCUGGACAAUUCGAAUCAUCAUGAACACUCUCUACAGCGUAUACUUGGGCCAAGAGCUUCCUCGACUUCUGCCCUACUCUUCCUUUAUCCGCUACACGCUUAAUAUCAAUACAGAAGAGGCCAGCAACUUCUGGCGCGAGCAAAUGCGAAAUGCUAAGCGAGCUACCUAUCCUCCAAUGCCUCGCAUUGAAUCCCAUACUGGCAUCACUCGUAUGAUGAACAAAACUAUAUCUUUCCCUCCAUCCGUCAAGACUGUUACCACAAAGGCUACUAUUCUUCGUGCUACUUGGGCAAUUCUUCUUGCUCGCUAUUGUGAUUCCGACGAUGUCACAUUCGCAACUACUGUCUCUGGCCGUCAAGCUCCUGUGACCGGUCUUACGGAAAUGCCAGGCCCAGUUGUAGCAACAGUCCCAAUUCGUGUUCGCCUUGAUGCUGGUCAAUCAGUUUCCCACUUCCUUGGUAAUAUUCAGGCUCAAGCAACCGAAAUGAUUGCUUUUGAGCAAUUCGGUCUUCAAAACAUCAUUAAGUUGAGCGCAGAUGCGAGAGAUGCUUGCGAAUUCUCUUCGCUCCUUGUUAUACAACCUCGAACUCACUUGGAUUCGAUUACAGGCAAGGAAUCUUCUGAUCCUCUCCUAACGCCAGCGAUUGAAGCAAGAAGCGGCGAACAACUAAUGCAGAACUAUUUCACAUACCCUCUCGUGAUACAGGGACAUAUUUUUGACAAUUCUAUUGAGCUUCUUCUUACCUAUGACUCUACAGUCCUAUCGGAAGUCCAAAUGAAGGCUCUAUCUCAUCAAUUUGAUGUUGUUGCAAACCAGCUAGUUCAUGAGUCUAAUGAUGCUCUUAGCUCUGUCACCAUUUCCGGUGAAUGGGAUCUUGAGCAAGCAAAGAGAUGGAAUGUUGAAGAUCCAGAAAUCCUAGAUACCUGUAUUCACAAUCUUAUCGAGAAACAAGCAGGCAUCAGACCAGAAGCACCAGCUAUCUGCGCCUGGGAUGGCCAGAUGAGCUACAACCAACUCAACGACGCUGCUAAUGGAUUAGCCCAUUAUAUACUUAAGGCAGGCGUCAAGACUAAUGAUCUAAUCCACGUUUGCUUUGAGAAGUCGAUCUGGUUCUUCGUUUCCAUAAUCGCAAUUAACAAGGUUGGCGCUGCUUGGGUACCGCUUGAUCCAUCUCACCCUGAACAACGCCUGCGGCAGGUUGUGGGCCAGACUCUGGCCAAAUUAGCUCUUGCAUCACCUGCCAACGCUGCUCUCUGCAGUAAACUGGUUGAUCACGUCAUUGAAGUCUCCCCCAGUCUCAUUGAUGAAAUUUCCGUGAUUCACAAUGGUCUGGGCAACCCCGCCAUCAACGUGUCGCCAAACAGCGCUGCCUAUGUUCUCUUUACUUCGGGCAGCACGGGAACACCAAAGGGUCUCGUUAUGCAGCACAACGCUGUCUGCACGAGUCAAACUGCUAUCGCCAAGAGGCUUCGCCUGACCCCAGACGUCAGAAUUCUUCAAUUUGCUGCCUACGUCUUUGAUCUUUCUAUUGGUGAAAUCGUCGCUCCUUUAAUCAACGGAGCCUGCGUAUGUAUGCCAUCGGAAGAGAUAAGAAUGAAUGGUCUAAAAGACUUCAUCAUGAAUAUGAACAUUAAUUGGGCGUUCUUAACGCCUUCUUUCGUUCGAACGUUGAGGCCUGAAGACGUACCUAGCCUCAAGCUUUUGCUUCUAGCCGGCGAGGCUGUGGGAAGAGAUAUCCUUGACGCAUGGUUCGGUAAGGUACGGUUAAUCAAUGGCUGGGGCCCUGCUGAAACUUGUGUGUUCUCCACUUUACACGAGUGGUCUUCUGCUGAUGAGUCUCCUUUGACAAUCGGAAGACCCGUCGGAGGGUGCUGUUGGAUCGUUGAUGCCGAAGACUCGAGUAAGCUGACACCAAUUGGCUGCUUGGGUGAAGUCGUUCUACAAGGCCCAACACUGCUCCGCGAAUACCUCGCUGAUCCGCAGAGGAGUAAAGAGGCUAUUAUUACCUCACUGCCACCAUGGGCACCGAAGAAAGACUCUCACUCUCAAUCCUGGAGCCGUUUUUACAAGUCGGGCGACUUGUGCUUCUAUAAUCCCGACGGUACGCUUGAGUUUUACAGCCGUAAAGAUACUCAAGUCAAAAUCCGCGGUCUUCGUGUGGAAUUAGGCGAAGUUGAACACCAUAUUCGCGAAUCACUCGAAGGUGUCAAGCAGGUUGUUGUUGAUGUUUUGAAAUCAGAAACCGGAACAAAUCUGGUUUCAUACGUCUGCUUUAACGAUGAAUCUCGCCCUGUCUCGUCAGAUCUCAAAAUCAGCGACAUCUAUCUCCCUCUUGAUGUUGAUACUCAGACUCGUAUUACCGCCAUGGUCGGCGAGCUUGGCGUGACUCUUCCGCGCUAUAUGAUCCCUACUAUGUUUAUUCCCUGCAAAUUUAUGCCUACCAUUACUUCCACGAAAUUGGAUAGGAAGACACUGAAGGCAUUGACAGCUUCUCUUGACAGGGAUGACCUGAUGUAUUAUUCGCUAAUCAACAGUAAGAAACGGGUCCCCGAGACUGAGAUGGAAACUCGUCUCCAGGCUAUCUGGAGCACGAUUCUGAAUCUUCCCAUUGAAUCCAUUGGUCGUGACGAUAGCUUCCUCCAGAUUGGCGGUGAUUCUAUUACUGCGAUCUACUUGGUGUCAAAGGCUCGUGGAGAGGGUAUCUCUCUUAUCAUCAAGGAUAUCUUCGACGAUUCUCGUCUAAUUGCUGUUGCAUCUAAGGCGGCUAUUUUAGAAGAAAACCACGAGCAAGAAGCGCCUGUUGCCCCCUUCAGUCUUUUGGACGAGCAAACUCGCGCCCUGGUGCUUGGUGGCGAAGUUCGCCAAUCUUGUAGUCUUACUCAUGACCAAAUGAUUGAAGACGCUUAUCCUUGUACUUCACUACAGGAGGGUUUAAUGGCCUUGACUGUGAAGCAGCCGGGCUCGUAUGUCGCCAAGUACGUUUAUAAACUUGCCAAGUUCGUCGAUGUAGAUCGAUUGAAAUCGGCAUGGAAUCGCACUAUUAAGCUUUGUGGUAAUAUGCGGACGCGAAUUGUCCUGCUGAACGGGACACCAAUCCAGCUGCUCCUUGAAGAAGACAAUCAAUGGCAAUCGCUAGAAAAUGAUACACUUACCACAAUCACCAACAGUGUUCGCGACUUAGAGAUGGGCUAUGGAACUCCUCUCUGCUGGUACGGAAUAAUUGAGGAAAACGAUACCAAAUAUUUUGUGUGGUCAGCCCACCACUCGAUAUAUGAUGGCUGGGUGUUGCGCAUUUUGGUGACUACCCUAUAUACAGUUUAUUUCGGCGGGGAGGUUGCAGCUUUAAGGCCUUAUUCUGGCUUUAUCAAAUACAAUAUGGAGCUAGAUAAUACGGCUGCAGCAGAUUUCUGGAGAGAGCAACUGUCUGGUUCUAAGAGGGCUGCUUUCCCAGCCCGCCAAACUAGUUCAUCGUCGUCAACGCAAGUGUCCCAGUUCACUAUCAGUUUGAGACAGUCUAAGCGGAGCACCAUCACAGUGGCUUCUACUUUAAGGGCUGCUUGGGCGAUUGUUCUAGCGCGAUACUGUGACACUGAUGAUGUGAGCUUUGGUACUACUGUGUCAGGUCGUCAUGCCCCAGUUGCUGGUUUAGAGACUAUGCCAGGUCCUAUGAUUGCAACUGUUCCUGUUCGAGUUCACUUGGAUCGCGCGACCACCAAGUCCCAAUUCCUCGCUCAAAUUCAAAACCAAGCACAUGAAAUGGUUCCUUAUGAACAGUUUGGCCUUCAGAAUAUUUCUAAGCUAAGCCGGGAUGCUAGAGACGUCUGUGACUUCUCGAGCCUGCUCGUUAUUCAGCCACCUGCAACCACCGUCUCGGAACAAGACGCUGAAACUAACAUCUUAGUCUAUGGCGACGAAGAACAGAGCCGCACAGACGAUGCCAUGCAAAAUUAUUUCAAUUAUCCUCUUGUCAUUAUCAGCAACACCUUUGAGGACCAUAUUUUGCAGCGCUUUUUCUUUAACCCCAACGUCUUGACUGAGGCUCAAGUAUCUGCACUCUCGAAUCAUCUUGAUAAUGUUGUACAGCAACUUUUAGGUGCGACUGAUGAUACACUUGAAAGUAUUAAUUUAGUUGGAGAUUGGGACGUUCAACAUGCUCUUGCAUCCACUCAACUUAAGCCUUCUACGGAGUCAUGCACACAUUGGCCUAUACAAGAGCGCAUUAAGACUCAACCCAACGAUCCCGCCGUCGCUUCUUGGGAUGGCAACCUUACCUACGCGGAACUGGGCGUAUUUGCAUCUCGUCUGGCGUGGAGGCUUCAGGCGCUCGGCGUUGGACCUGAAUCUCUUAUCCCGCUAUGCUUCCCUAAGUCUACGUGGGCAGUUGUUACAAUGGUUGCUAUUGAAAUGGCUGGUGGUGCCUUUGUUCCUCUUGACCCUAAUGCACCUGUUGCUCGCCUUCGCGGCAUCAUUGAAGAUACCAAGUCAUCUUUAGCUGUUGCCAGCCCAUCAUGCCAAGACACUUUGCGUGAUAUUGGUAUCGAGGUACUUGCUGUCGAUGAGGCUCUGUUAAUUGAGCUAUCCGAUCCUGUGGGCGAUAUCAAAUGUGUGGUACAGCCAGAUGAUGCAAGCGUUGUGUUAUUUACAUCGGGAUCAACUGGAAAGCCCAAAGGAAUGGUCAUCCAGCACAACAAUUUGUGCUCUUCUGGAAAUGCUUAUGGUAGCGACCUCAACAUUGGAUCUGGCACGCGUGUAUUCCAGUUCUCUGCCUAUACAUUCGAUGUUGGCGUACUCGACUGCCUCGUUUCUCUUAUGCGUGGUGCAACUGUUUGCAUUCCGUCGGACCAUGCUCGUCUUAAUGACCUUGCAGGGGCUAUCAAUGCAACAAAGGCCAACUGGGUAUUCCUUACGCCUACGGUGGCGGAUCUUCUCUCACCAGCUGACGUGCCUGAUCUUAAGGUUCUCUGUUUGGGUGGCGAGGCUAUUAGUAAGAGAUGUGUAGACCGCUGGAUCAGUCACACCGAAGUGCAUGGCUUAUACGGCCCUGCGGAAGCUUCUAUCUGUGCUUGGAAUCCCGCUGUUGGUAAGAUUGGCCGGUCGACUAACCUUGGAAGGCCAAUUUCUUCAGCCUUCUGGGUAGUUGAACCUACCGAUUAUAAGAGACUUGUCCCUGUAGGAUGUAUCGGUGAACUUCUUAUAGAAGGUCCAAUGCUUGCUCGAGGGUACCUAAACGUCACCGCUGAAGUUGCGUCCAACUGGAUGGAGAAUGUCGACUGGCUUCCAGGGGACAGUAAGAAGAGAGUUUACAGGACUGGCGAUUUAGUUCGACGCAACGCUGAUGGUACUUUCGAAUUUAUUGGCCGUAAAGAUACCCAAGUCAAGCUGCAUGGUCAGCGUGUCGAACUUGGCGAAAUCGAGUCACGUAUCCACGAAUUCCUGCCAAAGAAUAUGGAUGCUAUCGUGGCUGUUGUCAAGGAUGAACAAGAGCAUGACAAUUUGUUCGCUUUCUUAUGGUACACGGAAGGCGAAGUAGCCGCUCAGUCAACUCUCCAUUUGGUGGAAACCGUUACAGAUGAUGCUCGUUCCACAAUUUCUGACAUUGACUCAUCUCUCGGAAUGGUAUUGCCCUCAUAUAUGAUUCCAUCAUCUUAUCUGCUGUUUGAGGGUAAACCUGAACAGACGGUUAAUGGCAAAAUCAACCGCAAUGCUCUGCUCGCUCACGCCCAUAACUUAUCAACACACGACCGCUUGCGAUUCGCGCCUGUUGUUGGCAAGAGUGAACCACCAAGCACUCCUCUGGAAUUCAAGCUUAGAGAACUCUGGGCCCAGGUGUUGCAAAUUGAUGCUGAGUCUAUUGGCAAGAAUGAUAGCUUUCUCCGCAUUGGAGGAGACUCAAUCAGCGCUAUUAAGCUCGUCUCCUUAGCACAGCAAAACAAUAUUGCACUUACAGUGGCUACCAUCUUUAACGAUCCUCGCUUAUCGCACAUGGCUGCAGCUGCUAACACUGAUGAAAUCCUACCUGUAUACGAGACUAAGCCUUUCAGCAUCAUCCCUGCUUCUGUCAUGGAUGCCGUCUUUGCUGAAGUGCGAUCUCAGUGCACUGAUCUUUCCUCCACCGCCAUUAUCGAAGAUGUCUAUCCUUGCACUCGAUUACAGGAAGGUCUGAUGGUUUUAGCAGUCAAGCAGCCUGGAUCAUAUGUUGCGAAGCAUCUAUACCGCCUUACUGCUGGUGUCGAUAUCGAGCGCUUCAAGCAUGCCUGGGAUCAGACUGUUGAAGCUUGUGCAGCACUCAGGACGCGAUUUGUCCUUGUUGAUGGCUCUGCUUACCAGGCCGUCAUUAAAGACUCUGUUGAGUGGCAUACAUCUUCCGAUCUCCGCUCAUUCAUCAUGUCCGCAGAAAAUUCCCAAGUGGGUUACGGUUCGCCUCUCUGCCGAUAUGCUAUCAUUCAACAGGACGGAGAAAAAUAUUUUGCUUGGAAUAUCCACCACACCAUCUUCGACGGAUGGACUUUGCCGUUGAUAAUGAGUACGCUUUACGCGUUCUACCGUGGCACUGAUGUUCCCUCGCUCCUCCCAUAUGCCGGCUUUGUGAAGUAUGUGAUGGAUAUGGAUUAUAGUGCCGCCAGCGAAUACUGGACUGAACAGCUUUCUGGCGCCAAGAAAGCCAUAUUCCCUCCUGGAAGUGAAACAAUCCAGAGCCAAAAGUCGGAAAAUUCGACUCGCGUGAUGCACAAGACGAUCCACUUUCCACGCUCUACUGACACGUCAAUCACAAAAGCAUCCGUCCUCCGAGCCGCUUGGGCCAUUGUGCUCGCACGAUAUAACGAUUCCGAUGAUAUUUGCUUUGGAACUACUGUUUCUGGCCGUCAUGCCCCCGUUCCUGGAAUAGAGCGGAUGCCUGGUCUUGUCCUUGCGACUGUUCCCGUUCGCGUUAAGCUCAACCAGGAGCAAUCUCUAGAUAGCUUCUUGCAAAGUAUCCAGUCACAAGCCUCAGAGAUGGUUGCUUACGAGCAAUUCGGCAUCCAAAACAUAUCCAAACUGAAUGCCCAAGCUAAGGAGGCGUGCAACUUUACUAGCUUGUUAGUCGUGCAGCCAGUCCAGCAUAUUACAUCCACUGGCAGCGAGGAGGGAGAGGCCAUUCUCACUGCUGCUGUAGCUGAGGACAUUCAAACUGCUGAGAUGCUCGACAACUAUUUCAAUUAUCCCUUGGUUCUGCAAUGCAAUUUGCUCGAUGACAGCGUCAAUUUUGUCCUUGUCUACGAUUGUGACAUUAUUGCUGAACACCAGCUCAUUGGCCUGUCUCACCAAUUCGAACAUGUGGUUUGUCAACUCCUUAGACAGGGUAAUAGCUCUCUAUCCAGCAUUUCAGUGGCAAGCGAAUGGGACUUGGAGUUCUCACGUGCCGCAAACCAUGACGAACCCGCUGUUAUCGAUGGCUGCAUCCACAAUUUGAUUGAGCAACAAGCCCUCAUUAAUCCCAACGUUGAAGCUAUAAGCGCUUGGGAUGCUAAAUUUACUUACGCCGAAUUGGAUCGUUCUGCAAAUAGAUUAGCAAAUCAUCUCAUUCAAUCCAUGGGCGUAAGACUUGGCGACUUUGUUCAUGUAUGUUUCGAGAAGUCGGCUUGGUAUGUGAUCUCGAUUUUGGCAAUCAACAAAGCCGGAGCUGCUUGGAUUCCUCUUGACCCGUCACAUCCUGCUGAACGCCACCAGCAAAUUGUUGGCCAAGCAGGAUCAAAAUUAGCUCUCGCUUCCACAGCAAAUUUUGAUAAAUGUGUUGGUCUAGUAGCCAGCGUUUUGGAGGUGACAGAAGAGUUUGUCGAUGCUUUGGCAGAGCAAUAUAACGACAGUAAGCCGUUUACCAAUGUUACGCCCCAAGAUGUGGCUUAUAUACUUUUUACUUCUGGAUCAACUGGUGUUCCCAAGGGCGUUGUUAUAGAGCACGGAGCUCUCUGUAGCAGUCAAACAUCCUACAGCAGGAGACUCGGUCAUGCUCCUGGUGUUCGAAUGCUUCAAUUUUCCUCAUUUGUGUUUGACGCAAGCAUUGCCGAAAUAUACGCUCCGCUUAUUUCAGGCUCCUGUGUCUGUAUUCCGUCUUGGGAGAUGCAAAUGAAUUCACUAGCAAGCUACAUAUGCGAUGAAAAUGUCACAUGGGCACUGAUAACUCCUUCUUUGGCGCGCACCAUAGAUCCGCACGAAGUCCCUUCCUUGGAGGUCUUGAUCCUCGGCGGUGAGGCUGUCAGCCAGGAUGUUUUCGAGCUUUGGUUUGGUAAACUUCGUCUGUUUAAUGCCUGGGGUCCUACUGAAUCGUGUGUCUUUGGCUCUUUACAUGAAUGGAAGUCUACAAACGAAUCGUAUAUGACAAUUGGACGCCCACUUGGUGGCUACUGCUGGAUUGUUGACCCUGAAGAUCCGCAAAAGCUAGCCCCAACAGGCACUUUUGGCGAAAUUGUUAUUCAAGGGCCUAACUUGCUUCGCGAAUAUCUUGCGGACAAAGACAAGACUGCCUCAGCAAUCGUUACUAGUCUUCCUGAUUGGGCUCCUCAUCGCCACUCUCGCUACUAUAACAGGUUCUAUAAGACUGGUGAUUUGGCAAGAUAUAACCCGGACGGAACUAUCCAAUACUACAGCCGAAAAGACACGCAAGUCAAGAUUCGAGGUUUGCGUGUGGAAUUGGGCGAAGUUGAGCAUCGUAUCCGCCAAAAUCUUGCUGGCGUCCGACAGGUCGCUGUGGCUGUGUUCGAGACUGAUGCUGCUGUCAAUCUUGUAUCAUUUGUCUGCUUCAAUAAUGAUACGCUUCCGGCUAGCAUGACUAGCUAUCUGACGAGCGAUGAUAUUGUCUUGCGAUUAACCGGCGAACUUAAAGAUAAUAUUACUAGUUUACUAGGUCAUCUCAAUGUUGUCUUGCCCGGAUAUAUGGUUCCCACCUUGUUUGUUCCCUGCAAGGCCAUGCCGCUCGUUACUUCUGGUAAACUCGAUAGGAAGCUUUUAUUAAAGCUUACCGCUUCACUAGCUAAAGAACAGCUAGAAGAAUACGCUCUCAUCAGUGGCGAUAAAAGGCAGCCAGAGAGUCAAAUGGAGUACCUCUUGCAAAACCUUUGGGCAGUUGUUCUGAAUAUGCCUACCACCUCAAUUGGCCGCGACGAUAAUUUCUUGAGAAUUGGCGGUGACUCUAUCGCUGCUAUUCGUCUUGUUGCCAAGGCCCGUCAGAGCGGCAUCUCCAUCAGCGUUGACGAUAUAUUCAGUGAUCCUCGACUCCUUGCCAUUGCGGCUAAAGCGACUAGCCUAAGUGAGGAUAUUGAAGAACUUGCUAUUAUUGAGCCAUUUACCCUCAUUGAUGAGGCUCAGCAGAGCAUGAUUCGUAGCGACUCAUUUGGCAUUCAGCUAUCACCUGAUAUGGAAAUCGAAGAUGCGUUCCCUUGCUCUAAGCUGCAAGAGGGUUUGAUGGCUUUAGCUGUGAAGCAACCGGGCUCAUACAUUGCCAAAUUCCACUAUCGCUUGCCUGCCUACGUCGAUGUAACCCGAUUCAAGAACGCUUGGGAACAAACUAUUAGACUCUGUGCUAAUCUGCGUACUCGGAUUGUCAAUGUUCACGGCAUGGCAAUUCAAACUGUGAUCAGCAAUGAUAUCGCCUGGGAGGAUACGACUGGCAUGACAUUAAUGUCGUAUCUACACGCUGCUAAACAGACAGAAAUGAGCUAUGGCUCUCGCCUUUGUCGUUACGCACUGAUUGAGGAAGAGGGCCAGGAUAUCCAGUUCUUGUGGAGCAUUCAUCAUGCUGUCUUCGACGGCUGGACAACGCCCAUGAUUCUUGGCGCGCUACACAGCGCCUAUAGAGGCUUCGAAAUGCCUAGGGUCGAAAACUAUGCUAGAUUCAUCAAAUAUACGAUGGAUAUGAGUUUUCAAGAUGCUAGCGAGUAUUGGAUGAGGGAGCUACACGAUGUCAAGAAGGCUACGUUCCCGUCUACUGCUUCGCUCGAGGCGUCUGACGAGAGCGACGUGACGCGAUUCAUGGAAACGAGAAUUGAUCUGCCUCAGACUACUGUGGGCGUCACCAAAGCUACUAUCCUCCGCGCAGCCUGGGCCAUGGUCCUUGCACGCUACUGCGAUACAGAUGACGUUUGUUUCGGAACGACAAUCUCUGGUAGACAAGCCCCUGUUUCGGGAUUGAUGGAUAUGCCUGGGCCAGUCAUCGCAACGGUGCCAAUUCGAGUCCGUCUAGAUCAGCAGAAGUCUGUGGAUGACUUUCUUCAAGACAUUCAAGGCCAAGCUAGCAAAAUGCUUCCUUACGAGCAAUUUGGCCUUCAGAAUAUCGGCAAAUUGAGUGCAGACGCGAAGGAUGCUUGCGAUUUUUCAUCACUUCUUGUUAUUCAGCCAAUGCAGACUCUGAUCUACAAUAGCGAGGACGAAGAGACUCUGCUCGCUACUCCUGAAUCUGUGGUUGAAACCAAGGAUGAAGUCAUGCAAAACUACUUCUCGUAUCCAUUAGUUAUCCAAGCGCAUUUGCAUGAAAAUUUCAUCAAUCUUGUACUAAUUUACGACUCUGUUGCUCUGCCGGAAGCGCAACUUUUUGCCCUUUCUCAGCAAUUCAAACAUGUUGUUGAGCAGUUAGUCCUUGAACCUCAAUCGGCCCUCGGCUCAAUCUCUAUCGCUUCCGAAUGGGAUAUCGCACAAUGUCUCAAAUUCAAUUCUGAAGUCCCUGAUAUUAUCGACUCUUGUGUUCAUCAGCUUAUUGAGAACCAAGCCAAAAUUCGUCCUAAUGCAAUGGCUAUUAGAGCUUGGGACAUGGACUUGACAUAUUCUGAAUUUAAUCGUGCUGCUAACCGACUCUCCAAUUAUCUUACGGCCAAUUAUAACAUUAAAACAGAUGACCUAAUACACGUCUGCUUUGAGAAGUCAGCUUGGUUCUUUGUUUCUGUCCUGGCUAUAAAUAAAGCUGGCGCUGCUUGGGUGCCCCUUGAUCCCACUCACCCGGAACAGCGACUUCAACAAGUCGUGUCUCAGACGCGUGCUACGAUUGCGCUAACUUCGGUUGCGAAUAGAGACUUGAUGUCUCAUCUGGUCGAGUCUGUGGUUACUGUAAGCUCAGAACUUGAUCUACUGCUAUCCGAAAUUGAGGAAAACAGCCAAAGGGGCCCGGCAACGACUGUGGCUUCAGAUAAUGCUGCCUAUGUUUUAUUUACCUCUGGAUCAACGGGUAUACCGAAGGGCCUAGUUAUGCAGCACGGCUCUGUGUGCACAUCUCAAACAGCUAUCGUCAAAAGACUUGGUCUAACACCUGAUGUACGCAUGUUGCAAUUCGCUGCCUUUGUAUUCGACCUUUCUAUCGGAGAGAUAGUCGCACCCUUAAUAACAGGCGCUUGUCUAUGCAUACCGUCGGAGCACACUAGGAUGAAUAGCCUUACCCAGUUUAUCCGAGAAAUGGAGAUCAAUUGGACCUUCCUUACGCCUUCAUUCAUCCGUACAAUUGACCCAGCAGAAGUUCCAGGGCUUGAGCUUGUUCUACUAGCCGGCGAGGCCGUCCCGAGGGACGUCUUAGCUACCUGGUUUGGCAAGGUUCGUUUAAUCAAUGGAUGGGGACCUGCUGAGACCUGUGUAUUUUCAACACUCCACGAAUGGAAGUCAGUCAACGAGUCUCCUCUUACAGUUGGUAAGCCAGUCGGUGGUUUCUGCUGGGUCGUUGAUCCAGCAGAUCCUCAUCGCCUAGCCCCGACUGGAACGAUUGGAGAGGUUGUUAUUCAAGGUCCGACCUUAUUACGCGAAUAUCUAUCCGAUCCUGAACGGACUCAGUCUUCCAUUGUGUAUGAUCUUCCCAGCUGGGCGCCUCGCCCUGAUUCCGAACAUUGGAAUAAAUUCUACAAGUCGGGCGAUCUUUGCUAUUACAACCAGGAUGGCACUAUUGGAUUCGCAACUCGUAAAGACACUCAAAUAAAGAUUCGUGGUUUACGUGUAGAGCUCGGAGAAGUUCAGUAUCAUAUCCAACAGGCACUUCCUACGGCUAGGCAAGUCGCUGUCGACGUAUAUCAGGGCGAAAAUGGUACAAAUCUCAUCGCGUAUCUAUGUUUCAGCGACGAGACUCGAACUGCAGGCAUUAGCAAUAAUGCUUCUGACGGUUUAUUCUUGCCAAUUGACGAAGAUUUGCAGUCUCGUUUAGCAGCAGUUGUUGGACAGCUCCGCAUUUCACUGCCUCGUUAUAUGAUUCCGACCAUGUUUAUCCCUUGCAGUUAUAUGCCUUUCAUUACCUCAACCAAGCUUGACCGUAAUAAACUGAAGAAGUUCACUGGGGUAUUAGAUAGGACGCAAAUCGCCCAAUAUUCUCUCCUCGGUGGUAAGAAACGGUCACCGGAAACUCUGAUGGAAGUCUUCUUCCAGAAGCUCUGGUCUGAGCUGCUUGGAAUUCCAAUUGAAUCAAUAGGUCGUGAUGAUAGCUUCUUGGGUCUUGGUGGCGAUUCUAUAACCGCUAUCAACAUGGUUAGUACUGCCCGAGAGUCCGGUGUAUCACUUUCUGUUAAAGAAAUAUUUGAUGAUCCACGUCUAUCUGCUGUUGCUGGCAAAUCUCGAGAGGCUGGAGAAGACAAGCAGAUGUCUAUCGUUGAUACCACUCCAUUCUCCAUUGUUGAUACUAUGGUACACCAACUUGCUGUCAGCGAUGAAGUCCGAAGCCUUUGCGGCUUGGCAGUUGACGAAGAAGUCGAAGAUGCCUACCCGGCAACUUCAUUCCAAGAAGGUCUAAUGGCUCUUUCGGUAAAGCAGCCGGGCUCAUACAUUGCAAGAUAUGCCUACAGAAUAUCUCAAGACGUUGACAUUGCCAGCUUCAAGGCGGCCUGGGAACGUACUGUAUCGCUGUGUACUACCAUGCGUACUAGAAUAGUUCUGCUUGACGGCAAGUGCGUACAGAUAAUCACCAGAGAUGGUUCUGUUUGGCAGCCCCAAGAACACAAGGAUGCCCUUAGCACAAUUAAGGCGGCUCAAAAGACUGAGAUGACCUAUGGUUCUCGUCUUUCUCAAAUUUUCCUGGCUGAUGACGACAAUGGAGACAGAUACUUCUUCUGGACAGUUCAUCACGCAGUUCACGAUGGCUGGACUGUUCGUCUUAUAAUGUCAACUUUUCAGAGUAUUUAUCAUAACCUGGAGUUGCCUGCACUUAAGCCCUAUUCAGGUUUUAUUUGGUAUCUGAAGGCUAUUAAUUCUCAAGAUACGGUCAAUUACUGGACUCAACAGCUUCAAGGUGCUAGCAAGGCACCUUAUCCUCCAGUCACGGCAAAUUCCAUGUCAAAGGGAGUCACACGAGUCACGGCCAGGACAAUCCAAGUCCCUGCUUCAGCUAAUGCCGCUAUCACUAAAGCCACAAUAAUACGCGCGACUUGGGCUAUUUUACUCGCACGUUAUUGUGAUACCGAUGACAUAACUUUCGGUACGACGAUAUCUGGCAGACAAGCUUCAGUGUCGGGUCUCAUGGAUAUGCCUGGUCCUGUGGUCGCAACUGUUCCUGUGCGUGUGCGUCUGGACCAGACACAGACUAUUGGAAAGUAUCUCCAGGCUAUCCAGAAUCAAGCUCACGAGAUGGUUCCAUACGAACAAUAUGGUUUGUCAAACAUUGGAAAGAUCAACUCCGACUUCAGGGAAGCGUGUGAUUUCACGAGUUUACUGGUUGUACAGCCUCGAGUACACUUGGACUCACGCGGCAAAAGCACCCCUAAUGAAAAUGAAGCCACAUCAUCUGCGCUGCUGUUGCCUGCUAAUAUUGAGGGCAAUUCAGCUGAAGACGCAAUGCAAGGUUACUUUUCUUAUCCUCUUGUUGUCCAGGGCCACCUCCUUAGUGAUUCAAUUGAGUUGGUUAUUACCUAUGACUCUUCAGUGCUCUCUGAAUUGUCUAUGCAAGCAUUGUGCUAUCAAUUUGAGCAUGUGGCCUCGCAGCUAUUCACUGACGAAGGCCGCACAUUAGGCGACUUGGUUUUUGCAUCCGAUUGGGAUCUUCAUCGUGCCACCGAGUUUAAUUCAGAGUUCCCAGAGAUUAUGGACACUUGUAUCCAUCAUCUUAUCGAAUUGCGUGCAAAGGAAGCUCCUGAUUCACCAGCCAUCUGGGCCUGGGAUGGGGAGUUGACUUAUGGCCAGCUUAAUGAAGCCGCCAAUAAACUAGCCCACCAUCUCAUCAAUGAUUAUAAUGUCCAAGUUGAGGAUCUUAUCCACGUCUGCUUCGAAAAAUCCGUUUGGUACUGGGUAGCUAUCUUUGCUAUCAACAAGGCUGGUGCUGUAUGGGCACCUCUAGAUCCAUCUUAUCCUGAGCAACGUCUCCGCCAGGUUACUUCGCAGACUCAAUCUAAGUUGGCUCUUAUAUCCAAUAAUACCCGAGAUUUGAUUUCCGGUAUUAUCGACCGAGUAGUUGAAGUUUCUCCUGCCUUGUACGAGCAGAUCAACAGCUCACUCGGUGCAAUUGACCCUCAGAUCCCAGUCUCAUCUCACAACGCUGCCUAUGUGCUGUUUACUUCUGGAUCCACGGGUGUGCCCAAAGGUCUAGUCAUGACUCAUGGUGGUUUCGCAACAAGCCAGACUGCUAUCAGGAAGAGAAUGGGUAUAAGCUCGAACAACCGGACGCUCCAAUUUGCUUCGCAUGUAUUUGACCUGUGUCUUGGCGAAAGUAUACUACAGCUGAUUUCGGGCGCGUGUAUGUUCAUUCCUUCUGAGCAUACUCGGAUGAAUAGUCUGAAAGAGUUCAUCGCUGAGCAUGAAAUCAACACCCUUUUGCUUACACCAUCUUUUGUGCGGACCUUAAGUCCAGAUCAAAUCCCCUCCGUCACCCUUUUGUUAUUAGCUGGUGAAGCCGUUCCCCGCGAUAUACUUACCACCUGGUUUGGUAGAGUUCGAUUGUGGAACGGUUGGGGUCCUGCCGAGACCUGUCUAUUCAGCUCUUUGCAUGAGUUCCAAUCCGUGGAUGAGUCGCCAUUAACAAUUGGCCGUCCCGUAGGAGGCUUCUGUUGGGUCGUGGACCCGACCAAUCCCGACAAGCUCGCCCCUAUCGGUACAAUAGGCGAAGUUGUCAUCCAGGGCCCAACAAUCUUACGGGAAUAUCUCGCCGAUGUCGAGCGAACCAAAGCCACCACAAUGUAUGAGCUACCUGCCUGGGCACCAUACCGAGAUCAACCCUCUUGGUCGCGAUUCUUCAAGUCCGGCGAUUUGGCUUCGUACAAUACCGACGGUACACUGGAAUUCUCUAGCAGGAAGGAUACACAAGUCAAGAUUCGCGGCCUUCGUGUGGAGCUUGGCGAAGUUGAGUAUCAUGUCCGCAGUGGCCUUGAAGGCGCUCGUCAAGUUGCCGUUGACGUUUUCACGACCGAUUCUGGCACAAGACUUAUCGCAUACUUCUGUUUCUCAGAUGAAACACGCAUUGCUAGUAUUUCUCAAUCAGAUGAAGAUAUCUUCCUAUCUGUAACAGAAGAGCUUCAGACACAGCUUGCGAAGAUGAUCAGCCGGCUCAAUGUUACGCUACCUCGCUACAUGGUACCCUCGCUCUUCGUUCCAUGUCGCUACAUGCCUUUCAUCACGUCCACAAAGCUUGACAGAAAUAAACUAAAGAGGCUCGUUUCUGAAUUAAAUGAAGAUGACUAUGCUGCCUAUUCCCUGCGCAACGGUGUCAAGCGCUUACCCGAGACUGAAAUGGAAAUUCGCAUGCAAGAGCUUUGGUCGGCCGUAUUGCACAUGCCCAAAGAACAAAUCGGUUGCGAUGACAGCUUCUUGCAAAUUGGCGGUGAUUCUAUUUCGGCAAUCCAGCUGGUUACAAAUGCUCGUGAGGCUGGUAUCUCAAUUGCGGUUAAGGAUAUCUUUGACGAUCCUCGCCUUUCGGCGCUUGCCUUAGCAGCUGCAAACAAAUCUAGCCACGUUACCACUUCCACAGUCAUCACGCCUUUUAGCUUGCUUGGAGAGCCGCUCAAUAAGUCUCUCAUCUCUGAUGCUGUAAAGGAGCAGUGCCACCUCUCUAGAGAUGAACUGCUUGAGGAUGCCUAUCCUUGCACAAAGCUACAGGAAGGACUUAUGGCCCUCGCAAUCAAGCAGCCUGGAUCUUACAUUGCCAAGUAUGUCUAUCAACUUCCUGACUACGUGGACGUCACAAAAUUCCGUGCUGCUUGGGAGCAUACUGUUCUGAGCUGUGCCAAUCUCCGCACACGUAUUAUUCUUGUAAAUGGUAUUACUAUACAAGUUAUACUGAAGGAUGAUAUUGCUUGGGAUGAUACCUCUAAUAUUUCGCUUGGAACUUAUGCUCGUAACACGCUCCAAUUCGAAAUGGGAUAUGCUCAGCGCCUGUGUCGUUAUGCGAUCAUUGAAGAAGGGGCUAGUAAUUACUUCGCUUUCAGCAUUCAUCAUACCGUCUUCGAUGGUUGGUCUCUCCCGUUGGUUAUGGGCACGCUGUCUGCAGCAUAUCACGACCUUGAGCCUCCCUCUCUACAGUCAUAUGCUGCAUUUGUCAAGUAUACUCUGGACCUUGAUAACAAUGCCGCUUCCGAGUAUUGGAAAAUACAACUUGACGGUGCUAAACGCGCAAGCUUCCCGGCACCCAGCGCCAAGCCUGGGGUUUCUCAAACUCGUGUCAUGAAUAAGACCAUCGAGUUCCCCAAGUCAACAAACACGUCUAUCACAAAGGCUUCUAUUUUACGUGCUGCCUGGGCUAUUGUCCUUGCACGUUACUCAGAUAGCGAUGAUGUCUGCUUUGGCACCACAGUCUCUGGCCGUCAUGCUGAUGUAACCGGCCUUGAAUCUAUGCCUGGUCUUGUCGUUGCUACCGUUCCUGUUCGUAUUCGCCUUGAUAAGCAAAAACCCCUCAACCGAUUCCUUCAGGACGUACAAUCACAGGCUUCCGACAUGGUUGAUUAUGAACAAUUUGGCAUACAAAAUAUUUCUAAACUUGGUUCCGACGCGAAAGAUGCUUGUGAUUUCACAUCUCUCUUGGCUAUCCAGCCCGCCCAGCAUAUGAGCGCUGACAGCAAAAUCUCCGGCGAUCAGAGUGCUCUUGUAAUUCCUGCUGCUGCACCCGAAAUUAAAGCUGAAGAAAUGCUGCAAAACUAUUUCUCCUAUCCCCUAGUGAUCCAGUGCCACCUCUUGGAGGACCUCGUCAAUUUGGUUUUCAUCUAUGAUUCCGAUGUCCUUAGCGAAGCUCAACUAAGCGCUAUCAUGCAUCAGUUUGACCAUGUUGUCCAGCAACUCCUUGCUCAGAGCGACGAAAUGCUGGGUGAGGUGUGUGUUUCAGGGCCUUGGGAUCUCCAACAGGCUGUGAAACUGAACAGCAAGAAGCCUGAUUUCAUCCACACUUGCCUUCACGACAUAUUCGCUGAGCAUGCUUCUAACAGCCCGCAUCACGAGGCUAUUUAUUCUUCAGAAGGUAGCCUCAGUUAUGAUGAACUUGAUCAUUUGACCGACAUUGUUGCUACAUAUCUGAGCUCGUUAAAUGUUGGCCCAGAAACAGUAGUACCGUUCUGCUUCGAGAAAUCAAUGUGGGCUGUGGUCGCGAUCCUGGCUAUUCUCAAGGCAGGCGCCGCUUUUGUACCUCUUGAUCCGUCGCAUCCAAUCAGUCGCCGUGAAACAUUAGCCAGGGAAGUUAAUGCUCGCGUGCUCAUUGCGUCUUCUAAUGCUAUCGCCUCAUGCGCUGGUAUGGCUGAGCAUGUCGUCGAGUUGUCACCUAGCGUAAUAAGCAAACUGGCCACUUCUAUUACUCCAAAGGUUCUACCAAAGGUUGGGCCGAGGAACACGGCAUAUGUCUUGUUCACUUCUGGGUCGACGGGUAAACCAAAAGGUGUUGCCAUGCAGCAUGGCUCUUUCAGCUCUACAACCAUUGGAUAUGGCAAGGUUUAUAACCUUUCCCCGUUGUCGAGAGUCUUCCAGUUCUCCAAUUACAUCUUCGAUGGUAGUCUUGGUGAGAUUUUUGGGCCAUUAGCCUUUGGUGGAACCAUCUGUAUCCCUAGUGAUGAUGAGCGCCUUCAAUGCGCUCCCGACUUUAUGCACAAAGCCAGGGUUAACACAGCCAUGUUGACGCCGUCCUUUGUAAGAACUUUUACGCCAGAUAAGGUGCCACACCUAAAGACUCUUGUUCUCGGUGGUGAGGCUGCUUCUAAGAGCAUUCUGGAGAUGUGGGUUGACCGCAUUACUCUGUUCAACGGUUACGGACCUGCUGAGGCCUGCAACUACGCCACGACACAUAAGUUCAAGUCCAGUGCUGAAUCUCCUCGUAUUAUUGGGUCUAGUUUCAAUGGUGCCUGCUGGAUUGUAGAACCAGAUAAUCAUAACAAACUCACGCCUAUGGGCUGUAUUGGCGAACUCGUCCUUCAGGGUCAUGCUCUAGCUCGCGGUUAUCUCAAUGACAAAGUAAGGACAGAAGAGUCAUUCGUCAGCGAAAUUGGUUCGCUUCCAUCUUCUCUCCUGCACGAGCCAAAGCGAUUUUACCUCACCGGAGAUCUUGUCCGCUAUAACGCAGAUGGUGAAUUGGAGUACCUCGGGCGAAAGGACUCUCAAGUCAAGCUACGAGGCCAGCGUCUUGAGCUUGGUGAGAUCGAGUACACCAUUACCCAAUCACUUGAGAAUGUGCGCCACGUCGCUGUUGAUGUUCUUCAUAGGCAGGCUGGUGAUGCACUGAUUGCUUUCAUCUCAUUUGCUGGCGAUGCGAGCGCGGAAUGGGUCACUGACGACCUGCGCCUUAAUCUACUUGUUUCUGAUGAUGCGAUGAGAUCAACGCUUGGUGGUCUGAAAGAGAAUCUGAAGGCCACUCUCCCGGGUUACAUGGUUCCCAAUAUCAUUCUCCCUCUCCAAUGCAUGCCUUUUAUCACAUCUAUGAAGCUUGAUAGAAAGCAGCUACAAGCUCUUGCAGGUUCUCUAUCAUCUGAGGAGCUUGCCACAUUUGCUCCUAACAAAGCAGACAAGACUGAGCCGACAACUGAUAUGGAAUUCAAGCUGCGAGAUCUCUGGGCCGAGAUUCUUAAAAUUCACACCGAAGAGAUUGGCAAGUAUGAUAGCUUCCUUCAAAUCGGAGGCAACUCUAUCUCAGCCAUUCAUUUCGUUACCCUGGCUCAAGAGCAUGGUAUCCAAAUCACUGUGGCAAGUAUUUUCGCCGAUCCCAGACUGUCUUCAGUCGCCGCAUCUGCCAGUUUUGGUUAUGUUACCGACACGUAUGAGGCCCAGCCUUUCAGCUUGAUUUACCCUCCUGAGCGUGAAUCUAUCCUUCGCGAAAUCAAGCAGCAAUGCAACCUCUCUACCACUCAGUCAAUUGAAGAUGCUUACCCUACCACUAAACUGCAGGAAGGUCUCAUGGCUUUAUCUGUCAAACAGCCAGGCUCCUAUACAGCACAGAACGUGUACCGUAUUCCUGAGCACGUCGACAUUGAGAAGUUCAGGGCAGCUUGGGACAAGACUGUCGAGAUCUGCCCCAAUCUCCGAACUUCUAUUGUUCUUGUUGGCCUUAAGACUAUCCAAGCCGUUAUCAAAUGCAGUUCGGAGUCUUUGUGGGAGCCUACCGAGAAUGUAUCGCUGCAGUCUUAUAUGCAAAAUGCAAUCCAAGUUUUCAACAUGGGCUAUGGCUCUCGUCUCUGCCGCUAUGCUCUUAUUGAGGAUGGCGGUAAUAGCUAUUUCACCUGGCAUAUUCACCACUCUGUGUAUGAUGGCUGGACACAACCACUUAUCAUGUCCACUUUCUAUGCCGCCUACUUCGGCACGGAGAUGCCUCCUCUGCAGCCUUUCGCCCGCUUCGUCAAAUACGCGACGAACAUCGAUCAAAAUGAUGCUGCAGAAUACUGGAAACAGCAACUUCACGAUGCCAAACCGGCUUCAUUCCCAGCCGUCAACCAGCAACUAGCUGCUACAGAUAGUGACGUCAAUGUGACCCGAAUAUUAUCAAAAUCUGUCAACUUCCCAAGAUUAACAAACACCUCUAUCACCAAGGCCACCAUUAUGCGAGCUACCUGGUCAAUUGUUCUAGCUCAAUACUGUGGCACUGAUGAUGUAUGUUUCGGUACAACAGUCUCUGGCCGUCACGCCUCUGUUCCUGGUUUAGACUCUAUGCCUGGCCCUAUGGUUGCCACUAUGCCAGUCCGCGUCCGUCUUGACAAGGAUCAACCAACCUCGCGGUUCUUGCAUGAGAUGCAAAUACAAGCCUCAGAAAUGGUUGCGUAUGAGCAAUUUGGUCUCCAAAACAUCGCUACUCUAAGCACUGAGGCUAAGCAAGCAUGCGACUUUUCUAGCUUGCUUAGCAUUCAACCUGCUCAGCAGCAGACUGCAGACGAGAACGAAGUGGCUGGUACUGAUGUUAUCUUAUUGCCAGCCAGUUCUGAGUAUUCCGCCGAGAGCUCUUUGCAAAACUUUUCCAACUAUCCAUUGGUCCUUCAAAUCAUCAUCAUGGAUAGCCAUUUCGAGUUGUUACUUAUUUACGAUUCCAAUGUUGUGACAGAGUUCCAAGCUUCAUCUAUCUCUGAGCAAUUCAGCAAUGUCGCCAACCAACUUGUUGCUCAAAAAGAGACAAUGCUCGGCAAUAUCGACGUGGCUGGAUCCUGGGACCUCCAAAAGCAGCUUGAGUGGAAUGACGAAAUUUAUGACUCUGCCAACACCACUCUGCACGAUCUCUUCUCUGAACAGGCAGCUCGUAGACCAGAUCACGAAGCCCUUUACAGCAGUGAAGGAAGCAUGACCUAUGGCGAGCUUGACCAUCUGACAACUAAGCUUGCUGUGUACCUCAGUCGUCUGGGUGUCCGACCUGAGACCAUUGUGCCAUUCUGCUUUGAAAAAUCUAUGUGGACUAUCGUAGUGAUGUUGGGUAUUCUCAAAGCAGGUGGCGUUUUUAUUCCACUUGAUCCAUCACAUCCAGCAAGCCGUCGCUUGGCUUUGAUUGACGAAGUUUGCGCCCAGUUUAUGAUUGUGUCACCGAUGACUGCCUCCGGCUGUCAGGACAUGGUCAAGAACACAGUCGAGCUCUCUUCAUCUUUGAUUGCUUCUAUUUCCGCCAUCGAUACCAUCGAUCAGGAUUUUACAAUGCCAGGUCCCAAUAAUGCGGCCUAUGUUAUGUUUACUUCCGGUUCAACCGGUAAGCCAAAGGGUAUCAUUAUCGAGCACCAUUCCAUAUCUGCGGCGCUCCUUAGGCAACGUGACGCCUUUGCAAUCGACGAGGACUCAAGGUUGCUUCAAUUUUCUAACUAUGUAUUUGAUGGUUGCAUCAUUGAAAUCUUCACUUCGCUCAUUGCAGGUGCUACUGUUUGCAUACCAACUGAGGAUGAACGUAUGCACAACACUGCAGCUUUCAUUCGUGAGGCUCGCAUCAAUCAUGCAUUCCUGACACCUACUUUUAUCAAGACUUUAUCUCCAAAGCAGAUUCCUGGAAUGAAGACCAUCCUUAUUGGAGGCGAAGCCCCUUCAAGAGAUAUCAUCGAGACUUGGGUCGACAAGGUAGACCUUCACAAUAUAUAUGGUCCAACAGAGGCGUGUGUUGUUUCAACCAAUCACACAUGUUCUUCAUCCAACACCAUCCCACUUACCAACAUCGGCCGCAGCUUUACUCAUGGUGUUUGGAUCGUCAAUCCCGAUAACCAUGAUCAGCUUAUGCCAAUCGGAUGCGUCGGUGAGUUAUUGUUACAAGGUUCGUGCCUGGCCCGCGGCUACAUCAACGAAGAAAAGAAGACUAGAGAGUCAUUUAUUGAAGAAGUAAAAUGGUUGCCACCUGACGCCAAUGUGGGAGAGCGCCGCUUCUAUAAGACUGGCGACUUAGUUCGCUACCUUGCAGAUGGCUCCAUCGAAUUUAUCGGUCGAAAGGAUGCUCAGGUUAAGAUUCGCGGCCAACGUAUCGAACUUGGAGAAAUUGAGUACCAUGUCAAGCGUUCCAACACAACUAUUGAACAUGCUGUUGUUGACAUCACUCGAAAGGAUGGCCGCGAUUCUCUCCUCGCUUUUAUAUGCUUCAACUCAAAGCAAGAGACCGAGAGCGCUUCGAUGGAGGCUCACUUGACAGAACUUACGGACGAGCUUCGUGAAAUGUUCUCUGAUAUCGUCACUACCAUCAGCUCCUCUCUGCCUAGCCAUAUGGUCCCCACAUACUUUGUUCCUGUUGACCACAUGCCUCACAAUUCUGCUGGCAAAUUGGAUAAAAAGAUCCUUCACGCAUCUAUUGCCAAUCACACGACUGACGAUCUCUCGAAGUACCUCGCCGUCCAACGUCUACCAUUCCGCGACUGCUCGAGUGAUAUUGAAUUCUGGAUUCGACACCAAUGGGCCACUACACUUGACCUUCCUGACGAUACCAUUGGCGUCGACGAUAACUUUUAUAGCCUCGGUGGUGACUCUAUUCGCAUUGUUACCAUUUCCAAGGUUAUCCUCAACCAGUAUGGUGUUUCCCUUGGCAUGUCCCUCCUUAACUCAAAGCACACCACGAUUGCAAAUAUGGCCAAGCACGUCGACAAUGAACUCGCCGGACAAGAAAAGGAGCAAUUAAGCAGCAUCGAUUUCAAUGCUGAAAUUUCGUCUCUCUCUCGCUCUGUAUUGGAUACUGGUGCCCUCAAUGUUGCCACCCAUCCUAAAACCGAGCUGCCUGACCAAGCUGUUAUCUUCCUCACUGGUGCUACAGGCUUCCUCGGUCAAGAGAUCCUCAGACAACUCAUCUCCAACGAUGCCAUUACUUCAAUCAUUACUCUCGUGCGAUCCAAGUCUAUCGAACACGGCCUAGACCGUAUCCGCGAAACUGCCAAGAUUGCUGGCUGGUGGCGUGAAGAUUACACGAGUAAGAUUGAGAUCUGGUGUGGUGACUUGGGCAAGAAGCGAAUGGGCCUCAGCGAUGCGCAGUGGGCACGACUAGCCGGACAGUCUAACAACAAUGUCGAUGCCAUCAUCCACAACGGUGCCAUCGUAAACUGGAAUGCCGACUAUGACAAGAUGCGUGCUGCUAAUGUUGACUCCACUAUCGAUCUCCUCAAAGCUGCUGUCAACUCCUCUGCUUCUACCAAGUUUGUCUUCGUCUCCGGUGGUAUCAAGUCUGAUCCUACUCAGGAUCGAACUCUUCUCGCGCAGUAUCUCGGUCAUACCACUGGUUACACUCAGACCAAAUUUGUCUCCGAGGGCGUUAUUCAAGAGGUUAUCAAUACUCUCCCCGCUGAUCAGAACCGUGUUUCUACUCUCAAACCCGGCCGCAUCAUUGGAUCGCCUGAGACUGGUGUAGCUAACGUGGAUGAUAUGCUGUGGCGUGUUGUUUCUACCGCUGCAUCCCUUCGCGCCUAUCCUUCAGAGCCGGAAGAGCAUUGGCUCUCUGUCGUUGACGUUACUACUGUUGCAUCAUCUGUGCUCAGCCAAUUGUACACAAAGGAAGGCAUCGCGCCCUUCGUCGGUGUCAAUGGUGGUAUGCCAGCCGCAGUCUUCUGGGACCUCAUCAACAAGGAGCUUGAAGCUCCUUGCGAGCCUCUUCCUUCAGAUGAAUGGACUCACCGAGCCUUGGAAUCAAUGAACCAAAUUGGCGACAAGCAUCCUCUAUGGCCUGUGCAGCACUUCCUUGGUAACCUCGGCCUUGUUCGGUCUGCUGAAGAAAUGGAGAUCGAGGGGAGUGAACAUGAGCAGUGGCACAUGGCUGUUAAAAUGAGCAUGCGCUAUCUGAUGGAAAUCGGCUUCAUUCAGUCGUCUACUGACGGUUUUGCUAAGCCUCGUCGCGCUGGGACUUUCCAGCGUAUACAUGGUUAA